AUGACGCACAACAGCAAGACUUCGCUGCUCAACAACGCCGACUACGGCGGCGGCGGCUGCGGCGGCGGAGGUGGAACGACCGUCGCAUACGGCGCACCUCACGUCGCCCGACCUACCACAUGGAUCAGGUGAGUGUCCGUCCCGUUAUCAUUGUUUUUUAUUAUUAUUAUCAUCGUCGUCGUCGUUGUCAUAAUGUGUCGUUAUUGUUAUCGUACGUAGCGUGAAGACGUUUUUCGGUAUAGUUAUAGCGACAGACGCCACCCCCGGUUUUGUUUUUCCCGUCGCGGCGGCCGAAUUAAUAUCAUUGUUUUUUUAACCCAACCAGUGGCGUACCCACGGGAUUUUCCCGUAGAAGUGACAACAGUAAAUGACAAUUAUAUAACGGCAACAAAAUAUAUCCGAAUUUAUAUUUAAAAAAAAGUCGCCUUCUUCUCGAUGAUGCGAUUAUACGAUCGACAUAAUUUGUACAUCGUGUGUAGUGGAUAUUUUUGGUUUGAACUAAGUCGAGUUUGUAGACACUGCGAAAUUUUCGUUAUUUUAAAUAAGUUCACAAUUCCGAACAGUUUUCAUGAAUCGGUUGUAUUUUAACGUGGCUAACGGUUCGGGGGUUGGAGAAGCCGAGGCCUUCUUAGUCGCCCUCUAAAGGAUUCGCCGCUGGUAACGAUAAUCGUAACGCGUGGGAGGUUUGAUUUUAUGAUCAAGUGUAUUUUCGAAUAAGUACAUUCGCUAAUAAAUCGCCGGUUUGUCGAUUUAAAAAACUUAUUAAUAAAAAAAAAAAAAAAAAAAAAAAAAAAAAAAUGGAAUUACGUUAUAAACAUUACAAUAAUAUUAUUAUUAGGCUCCGCAUAAUAUAUAUAUAUAUAUAUUUUUUUAACGGCAGACUAAUUUUUAUAGAAUACAUUGCGAAUUUCACUUCAUAGUUUUUAUUUCAUAUCUAAAAAUACAACUGUUUUUUUUUUUUAUUCUUCGUACUUAAUUAUUUCACUACAGUAGAUAUGUUAUAAUAUUACUAUGUUUGUGUAAACGUUGCAAUUUUAGCGUUUCUACAAUUGCGCUCUGAAAUAUGAAUUAUCGCAUUGUAAAUUAUCUUUUUAACAGCACAUCUGUUCUAAAAACGAGACAAGGGAGUCUGAAAAAUUAUAAUUAAACCAAAUGAAUUACGCGACCGAAAAUUGUUUGAAUCGUCGUACUGCGCGUAAUAUCAUUAAUUCGCGAUAAAAAUAUAAAUACAACCGGACAGAUUAUAACUUUAAACGUUAAUGGGUUUAUAUACUUAUAAUACAACUAAUUAUUUGUAAUACUGCUUGUCUGUUUUUUUUUUCUUUACAUUGAUAAAAUAAACUCAAAUUUUGAAUUAAGGCGUGUUUACAGAGGUCCUAUUGGAUUAAAUUGUCAAGUUGUAAGAAAAAUCACUAGCGAGCAGCAGAACACUUUCACUAAAGUCGAAUUUUUUCCGACAUCUCGCCGCCGUUACAAUACUUCGUUUCAAUUAAUUGUUAUACUAAUGAUCUAAAUUAGUUAUGGUUUUUCGAGAUUUAUUACGUAUGGACCUGUAUGUAGUGUUAAAACACGAUAUUCCCUGAGAAAGCACGAAAUUUGAGCAUAGAUUCAGAGAGCAGUGAUUGGUUUUGCUAUAAGAUGUGUUUUUUUCGCAACACUUUUUUAAUAUCCGGAUUUUUCGACCUGUAAUAGUUUAUUUGUGGCACAUUACGAAAUUUUCAACAUUUCACUCUUCGGAUCUAUUUUAUAAGUUUUGUUUUUGUCCGAAUACAUUUUUUCGAUCAGUUAUAAUGCUCCAAAAUUUUACCAUCAAAGAUGUGUGUCGAUUUUUCUCUCAGAUCUUUUCAGGAGCUUUAUUUGAAUUUUGGAUUUUCAGCAGUUUUUCUAAAUAAUUUUUAAAAACUUACGACAAAUUAUUUAUCGGGUUUAUUUUUGUCGAUUUCUGCAGAUUCUGGUUACCUUAGCUAUACAAUGGGAAAAACCGCAUCUUCUACUCUAACCUUUUACGAUCAUGCGGCUUAUCGAGCUUCACCCAGAAUGGUUUUGUAUUAUAACUAAAUUACUGCCCUACAUUACAUGUUCAAUAUUCCAACUUAAAUUAGUAACCUAUCCGUGGUUAAAUAUUUAUUUUAUUUUUUUUUUAUUGAUUAAGUGGCCAACUUCGGGCGAUGACAGCAGCAAGUAAUAUAUAUCACAUACUGAAAUAAUUUUUGGAAAAUACCAAUAUAUUUUAUUUAGGUACACUACGCAUAUUUGUGCUGUGUACAAUUUGUUUUAAAUAAAAAAAAAAAAUAAUAAAAAAUAAAAUAUGAGUGACGAGUACUGCAGUAAUAUUAAUUAUCUCGCAAAGAUUAAUUCCUAUUCAUAGAAAAACGUUUUAAAUUAAUUGUUAUUUUUUGUUCCGAGUUUCGCGUGUGACAGCUACAUAUUACUAUUUAAACCCAUUUCCUUGUCGAGCAAAAUCCGAGUUGAAAUUUAAUGUAAUGAAGUGUAUAAUAUUAUGUCAUAAACAAAGUGUAGCACAGUGUUUCGAAAUUUGAUUUCAAAAGAAUAAAAAAAAAAAAGGUCUGAUUUUUAAAAUUGUUAUAAUGAAUUCUACAUUCAUUAUUCUUUAAAUCCGUGUCAUUUGUUGGGUUGUAAAAUUAGUCAUAUAAAGCGGAUAAAGCUACGGACUUGACUAAUUAGUUUUAUUCAACAUUUUUGGUGAUUUUAUAGUUUUUUUUUCAGUUUUCAGUAUUUGUGGAGACGCGAUUUUUGGAGUUGUUUUUCUUUUGAGAAAAUAUUUACACUACGUGAGAAAGUAUAUUUUCAGGGAAAUGUUUUUAUACUAGUAACUAUAGUAAACAGUGACAAUUAGUAGUUUUAAAAUAUAGUUUUUUCUUUUUAUUCAAAGUUUGAAAAAAAAUGUAUUCUACCAUCCUUGCUCCGCCGGUCUCUGGGCCGUAAUCAGUAUCAAAAUAUAGAUUAUAUUAGUUCUCAUAUAAAUAUUUGUUUGACUUCCAACUGCCACUAAUUGCAACUUUGCUAUUAAAACACGAUUUUAUAAAUUUAAAAAAAAACCGUUGAAAUCAUAAAUAAUUGAAUUUUUUAACACUGCAAUGUAUGUUUUUUUUUAAUUCCUUAUAUUAUUCCUUACACAAAGAAAAAUACUGAUAAGAAAAAAAAAUUUCUAAAUUUUGUUUAAUAUUGACAUCCAUAUGAAUGAUAAAAAAUGUUUAAUGUGGACUCAAACGUUAUUGCUCGUUAAGUUAAUUUAUUAAACAAUAAACAAAUAAAAAUGAAUUUACCAAUAUGCUUAUUUUACGUAUAGACUAUUAAUAAGACGUGGCGAAAUUUUUUAUUUGAAUAUUCACCAUUUUUAUUUGGAAAAGCAAAUCAUAAAAUAUGCUUUUGUUAUAGGGAUUGAAAACGUUAAACGUUCUUGUUUUUCGUACUGAUUUGUAAUUUUCAUUUUUGAUUACAAAUAUGACCAACUCGUCAGAUUUAUUUUUUUUAAAAACUGUGCGCAAUAUUGAUUUUAUUACAAUGUGUUCUCCUUUUGUGUGUCUUGAAACAAAUUGUGUACCGAAAAUCUCGCUCCAAUCAGAAACUUUAUAGAUAUUUUCAUGUAGAUUUUGUAUUGUAGUUGGUGGAAGUUAUUUUUUUAUUUCCCUUAUAGUUUUUUUAAUAAGUGAAAAAAACUUUUUUUGCAUAAUGUUUGUUGAUUUCUGAGUUACCUUGGCAACCUUGGACAAAAUGUGACUAUUAUAAUACUUGGUUCAGAAUAGUUUUUCGUUAAAAAUGGUUUAUCGUUGCGAUCAGAUAUGAAUUAGAUUAAUUAUUCUAUAUUUCUGUAUGUAUUAUAUAUUCUUUUCCAACUCUCCUUUUAUGAAAUAAUAGCACACCAGUCGGAAGCCUUUUUUUAUUAUAAAUAUUUCAAAAUAGUAGACAAAUAACAAUUGCUGGUCUUUUUUAUCUUAAUAUAAUAUCUUUAUUUUGUUGUAAAUUUAUCAAGUAAUACAACUCAACAGCGUUUAUCCUGGCAAUUGUAUUUACAAUAUUAUUAUAUUAGUUAAUAGUGUAAAAAACAUUAUUUAACUAUACAUUUUAGUUUUAUUAUUUUGUACGUGUAUGUGUAUUAUGGCUAAUUAUACAUAUUUAUUAGGAAGUCGAUCAUCAUAGAAAAAAUAUAUUCUUAGUAGAUCUCUAAAGAAAAAAUUUUGGCCACACCUGCAGUAGAGUGUCGGUGCUACCGCUAACCCUAAGUUAACCCACGGAAUUUUGUCGAUUUAAUCGGACGUUGUAAGAACGGGACUUAGACGCAUAUAAUAUUAUAAAUAAAGUUGAAAUAUAUUAGAUACUGUUUUCGCGUGAUUGAUAUUGUUAUAUUGCGACGAUUUUAUGCUUCUGAGAUAUGAUGAUUGUAACGAAAUUGUAUAAUGUUAAAAUUGCGUGAAUAUACUGCAAGAGUAAUUUCGAUGAUUCAUGCGUUUAUAUUAUUUUAUCGUCCGGGAUGAUCUUCAUUUUCGUAAAGUGAACACGAAAUAAUAAUUAUAUAUUAUAUACUUGAUAUAAAUAAUUGCACCAAACAACGAUAGCGAACAUUACGUAGGUAGUAAUAAUGUUAACCUAAAUAAUAUUGUAUUUUUCCGCAAUGAAUGAAUUCGUAAUCAGACGAUUUUCGUACUCAGAUAAGUAUUCGGUAUAAUAUGUAAUGAAGAAGAUUCAUUUACCACGAACAUAAAAAAAAAAAAAACUUAGAUAAUAUUAUAUUAUUAUGUAACUUUAAUAUCAAGUACAUCAAAAACACGAUUAUAAAUUUCGGUUAAUGAGCUUCUCGUCGUCAUAAUUAUUAUACGCCAAGCAUAAACGUACACAUAUAGUAGGGGAUUAUUAUAUUCUGUGGUAAUAUAGUAACGAUGUGUAGCUUUAACUUCUAUAAAUUAUUAUAAUAGAUCAUUCAACAGAAUAAUAAUAAUAAUAAUAAUAUCGAAUAUGUGGGUCACGUGAGCCCUGAUCAAAACGUUCUCAUCUAUCAUCAUAAUAUUAUCGUACACAAAUACCGGGCGGGAAUUUAAGAUGUCACAAAUUUAUUUAUUUACCGAUGACGAGGAUAUUAUAACAUUGUACAAUAUUAUUAAGUCAAGAUUAGACUCUUAACCUCAGUUUAAAAUUAAACCCAGGGUCAAAACCCCGAUUAUGUUAUUCUAUUUUAUCCCUAUAGUUUAACAUUGUAAUCCCUGUUUAAUUUGGAAAAUCACAAAGUAUUAACUAAACCCCCGAGAAUUUAUACCAUAAAUAGUUUUGACAGGUGUUUAAAAGCAAAAAAAAAAAAAAAAAAUCUACUUUUACCGGCACGAAUACGCUUUAAUUUGUUUUUCAGCAAGCCAUGUUAUUUACAUCCAAAAAUUCGUAAAUCAUAAUUAUUGUAAUAAGUAAUUAUAAUUCUGUUAGAGUAUGAAUAAUUUUACAAAUAUACAUUAUGAUAUUUUGUAUGGUAAUAAAUUGUAGACGACUAUUAAUUAAUGUUUAAUUAAUAAAUUAUUAACUAAAAUUCCGUAUUUUGAUCACAUUAAAUUUAAAAAAUAGUUUUUGUGUCAGCUAGGUAUUUUCCAAAUAUUUAAUUGUUUUUAUUUAACUUUUAUAAAUUUUUUUACUUUGGAUACUUAAGGGUUUUUUUUUUUUUAGGGCGUUUUAUUACAUAAGAUAAUUACAAAGUGGACUUUAUGCUGGUUUGAAUGUUAUUGACAGAAGUAUUCGGAAAUUCAUUAUUUUGUAUGGAAAUAAUUUGCCUAAAAAUUAUGAAAUUUAAUACCGCAAAUUAAACAACUGUUUUGUAUUUUAACACUUUAUAAAAAUAAUUUAAUAUUGACCGAAAGUAGUUUAGUCAUUAUAUUUUAUCAGUUUGCAAAUGAUAACUAAUAAAUAUUUAUGCCAUUUCGAUAUUUAAAUCAUAUAAAUUAAAAUACCUACUUUCUUUUACGGUGGAAAAAAUUGUGUUUUAAACUUUUACAUUUAAUACGAUUUUACGCUCUUUACGGUAUCUAAUUUUAUAAUUAAAAGUAAAAAAAAAAAAAAAUAAUGUUAUUUUAAGACAACAUUUUCUAUUGAUAUCGAGUUACACACUUAUAAUUGUAUAAUUAUGAAUGUUAUGAUAUUCAUGGUUUAACAAGUGUAUGAUAUUCUAAGAAUUUUGAUUUUGAAUCUUUUUUUUGUUUGUUUUAUAUACAAUUUUUAUAAAACUAAAUGCCAUUAGUUCUUGUCCGAAACUGUGGUGAUGACAAGGUUAAUAAUUUUGCUUGACAAUAUUCUAUACUAGAAUGAGAGCCCGUGUCACUAUUAAUUUCCAGAAUGUUUUGAAAGAAUCAUUCGACACAUACAUGUAAGACAUUUACAUUUUAUUUAAUCGGUCAGUCGAAUUUUAUCUCCAUUCGAUUCUGAGCGAGGCGAGUUUUUCUGUCUGUUAACACAUUUUCUAAGGAGGUUUUUUGAAUUUUUAUUUUUUCAUAGAUUAAAUAAUAAUAUAUUAACUUUGAGAAUAAAUUUGAAUUCGACCGUUGCUUUUGAAGUUGAAAAAAAAAUGGUUAUUUGUAUUUAUUGUAUUAUUUAUUACAUUUGUAUUUAAUAUUUGUAAUUUUUCACAGUACCAAUUUAUGACCGCAUCAAAUAUCUUUAUAUAUUCGUAAAUUAUUAUCUAGUUUAAUCUUGUUUUAAUGAUUGAACGACGAUACACUGAUAUAUAUAUCUGCUAUCUAUGUAAAAACGAAUGUAUAUAUGUUUGUCCUUUAUGCAUUACACACCAUUCAUCCGAUCGUUAUAAAACUUUAGGAAGUUUUUCCACGUUGUCCGGAAAAAGUUUUUAGCUAUUGAAGUCCAUCCCUUAUUGAAUACCCUUCCCCAAAAUUUCGGCUUUUAGGUAUUUUUAGUACAAAAAUCUAAUUAUUUUUAUUGAUUUGUGGGUCGAUUAGUAAUAUGGAAGAAAAAAAAACAUCGUAAUUAAUUUGUGUUGUGAAAUCUCUAUGUUGUGCGGAUGUCUAUAAUAAUGAUAAUUUAUCUAUCAGGUAACUUUAUUUAUUUUAUAUACUUUUUUUUUGCACUGGUUAAAGUCAGGUGGGACAACUCGUGUUUAUGAAUAAUUUCCUUUUUGAAUUUAUAAUAUUUCUGCGCAUUUACAUAUUUGAUUUUAUUAUUUGUAUAAGUAUAUAAAACAUUAAUUUGUUUAUCUACAUAUAGUUGUUAAUAACACUAUUUUGAAAUAUAUAAUUUAUUACCUAUUUUAUUCAAUAUCACAAUGAUUUAUGGAAAUUUGAAGUAUAUUUAAGUAGAUAUUCCCAAAUAAUUCUUAGCAGAAAUAUAAGUAAAAGUUGAUUAUUAUGAAAUUUGAUGAUAUAUAUAUAUAUAUAUAUAUAUAUAUACUUAUUAAACACAAAUCCAUAAGUUGAUAUGCUAACUUUGUUUAUUUUAUUAUGUUCGUCCUUGAUCUGUCCAUUUUAAUCGUUCAACACAUAUGUUAGUAAUCUAUUUUGUUUCUAAAUCGUGCGAUGGACGCUUUACGGACAUUUUACACGAUAAUAAAUUAAUGAACAUAAUACGAAAAGCUUAAAAAUAUUAUGCCGCAACAAAAAUGCGUAUAUAAAUUACUAGCACGGUUAAUGGAUUUUAUUUAAAGAGCAAAAUUGUUCCCAGUUAAUCUAACCGACACAAAAAAAAAAAGAAAGAAAAAAUAACCAAUAUUUAUUAUUAGUAUUAACCUAUAACCGUCAUGGCUAUAAAAUUUGAUUAUGCGCGUGUUUGUUUUAUACCUCACAAAUUAUCUUUUAUAAUGUAGAUAUUUUCUAAUUAUACCGUUUAUGUAGGAUAGAAAUUGAAUUGAAGUAUUUUUCAUUAGGUGAUAUAAAUUAAUCCAUUUCAAUACCUAUUUGAUAUAAUUACGAUGUAAAUUAAUUAUAAAUUCAUUUUUAGUACUAAUUAAAAUAAAUUACAAUAAAUAUUAUACAUUAGUAUUUAUUCAAUAUAAAGUGCUAUUUCAAUUCAAUAUAUUAUUUAUUAUACUAUUUGUACAAAUAUGAGUAAUACCUACACAUAUUAAAAAAGGUGUAAUAAAUGUGUAUUAACAAAAAUUAGUAAUUAAAUAAUUUUAAUGAAUAAAACAUUAUGGUACAGUUAUUAAUUAUUAAUAAAUAAAAUAAUUUUGAUUUUAUCGUAUAUACAUUUAUAAUAUAUUAUUUAUUUAUGUAUUUUACUGAAAUUAUAUUAAUAUUGUUGGAAUGUUUUUCAGGCAACCUCAAUAUUUUAGUAUUGGUUCAGUCAGGGUUCGAUUUGGUCCGAUUUCGGCUAAAAACGAUGUUUCCGUGGCUCCAUCUAAUGGUGACUUACAACUAGACGCUGACGCUAAAGAAUCGUCAUGUUGCUGCGGAGUAACAUCUCGAAUCCCUCUUCCGACCGGCUCUAAUAAUAGACACACUACUGGCGCUACUUGUCUGCCCCGAAUACAGGCGCCAGUAUACCGUAGCUCAUUGGAUUGGUCUAACCGCGUUCAAAAACCGUCGUCCGGUUGUUUCGGGAAAUUAUCUGUCGAUCGCGUUCCGUUAGUUUCUAAAAUCUGCGAAGAUUCGAAAAGUCUUCCUUUACAAGAACAAGAAACCACUACUCUGGACCGAUUCCAAAAGUUUCGUUUCGGCGGUCGCAACAGUCGAGGUGGGACCCAAAAUAAAAAAAAUAAACAAAACGUAGCACCGAGAACCACCGAUAAAUCCGAUAGACUAAGGAAGUUGACGGACAAAUUGAAGCAACCGCCGGCCGGUGAGGUACAAACGUCAGAACCCAAGGAUGAAAAUCUGAUGGGUAGUAAAGCUACAUCGACAGCAAAUCUAAGUGGUGAGGAAUCGUCAGACAAGUUUGAUGACGGUAUAAGAAAGCCUGAAGCUAGAACUAUAGUCGGAUCUUAUUACCAGCGGUCCAUACCGUUCAGAAGUGCAUCGUUUUCACAGGUAUAUUAUUCGCCAUCUGAUGGUAAAUAUAUUAGGUCUGAUGGGCGAAAAAGGAGUACGCCAAAUCCUGUUUCUCUUUCUCGAAAAGCUCAUUCUUCCGAACCAGUAAGAGCAUAUUCUGAAGACCAUGAUGGUAUAGAAGUGCCUACACCUCCCAGACGAAAAAAUAAAUCCAAGUCAGAUCCAACAAAUCAUUCGGACGUAGCGAUAAUUGAAGAGGCUUUAGAAAUAUCCGUCCAAGAGCCGCCCGAAGAAGUAGUUGAAAAGACAUUUUUAUCCGAGUGGAAAUCUGAGACUGACAGUGGAAUAGUUCAAAACACAGAAGUGAGUACCACUACAACACCUGCCGAGUCUCCUAAAGAAGAACCACAAAGUCCAGAAUUUCCACAAAUGCCUCAAUGGUCGUCUCUCACGGAACUGCCCCUUAUACGACCAAAGUUAUCAGCACAAAGUUCUGAAGAAAAAGACGAAGAAAAAAUAUGUUCCUCGCCAAAGGUGAAUUACCGUCAAUAUUUACUAUCGAAAGGAGACUCUUUUUCUGAAGGUGAUAGCGAUCAAGGUAAUCACAGUCAAACAUUAUCGCCAACGAGAGAGUGUACUUCAUCUCCGUGCAAUGAUAACUCUGAUUCCGAAAAGAAUUCUGGGCCACCCGUGCCUUACUCAAAAAGACCACUGCGUGGUCCUUAUUUGGAGAUGAUUGUAAAUGAAAAGAAAAAACCGGAAGUGAAUGGUAAAAAACAAGAUGACUUGAAGUUCCUAGACGAAUAUCCUAAGCAAAUAAUUAGAUCGGCCGACGAUUGUCAAUUGAAAAGAAGUUAUACUUCACCCGAUCAGCCGUCGGAUAGAUUAAGACUUAGAACGUCACCUAAACGAAAAACCAGUGCGAAUAUUCCGUUGUCGGUGACGGCUGGCAAAAAACAUGGGGUAAAUGAAACAAUGGUAUAUCAUCAAAGAACAACGUCCAGUCCCAGUCAAUUGGAAGGCUGCGCGAGGGUGAAAAAGACACCCGAACCCAGCCCGCAACUUCUGGCGCAAUUAUUGAAAGGAAGUUCGGAACAAGUGUACGGAGGACCUCUGACAAACCCGUUAAAGGUAAAUUUUAUUACACAAUGCAUAUAAUUAUAGUUAGAUUUGCUUAUACUGGUUGAUAAUAAAUUAAGAUACAUUAGGUUAGAAUCUAACAUACACGGUAUUAAGAUACUAAUGCACUACCUACACAAAAAUAUUUGUAUUACAACAACAGCGUUAACAUAAUAAUAUAAUAUACAAAUAUAGAUAGGUACUUGUAUGCAUAAAUAUAUAAUAUUCAUAAAUUAUAACUAUUGAUUUAUAACUUUAUAAGUGUUUGUUAGUUCAUUAUACGCCCAUUUAAAUCAAUUAUAAUUGUGUAAAAUAAAGAACGAAAAUAUAAAUAUAAAUAAUUAUAAAUAAUAAAAAAAAGAAACAAUUCUAUUUAUCAUUAUUGAUAUCCGUAUAGAAACUCGCCUUUUUACUAUAAAUAUAUAAUUUUUAUUUUAUUUUGAGGUUCAUACAAUAACAUUAUUGUUCUCUGUGAUAGUAUAGUUUUGAAAAAUAUUUACGCGAACAGUUUUUUUUUUUUUUUUUACGAGGGAAAUUGUUUAAUAUCCAUUGCAGAACACAUUGAAUUUCCCUUGAGUAUUAUAAUACUAUAUUAUAUCAUAUAUUUUUUAUUAUUUUAAAAAUAAAAACGUGAUUUGUCUAAAGUUGAUGAAUAAUUUUUUAUUCCUCUUUUUUAAUAUAAAUAAAUUGACCAUGAAAAGUAUAUUUAGUUUUCUCGUGUGAUAAAUUUAAACGAAAUUCUCAAAUAUUUGUAUUAAAAUUUUAGAAACGUGAAAAUUAAUUUUAUAAAUAAACAGUAAAAUAUAAUAUUAAUUGGUUCAAUUUUUUUUUUUUUUUAAAUCUGUAACAUAAACUCAUUUUGUAAAUUUAACUUCACUGUUAUCAAUUAUUUUUUAUGACAACAAUCUCAAACUAUUCGAUAAUAUAACAUUAAACUUUAACUAAUUAUUUUUCCUGACGAUUAAUUGUUACGUGUCAUAAACUUAAUUUCCAAAGCGCUGUAAGCAAAUUCCUUGUAAGUUCACUUUCAGUGACUAAAAAAUAAUUCUCUCCUCCCUCUAAAACCAAAAAAUCAUUACUUUGAGAGGGGUUUUUAAUAAUUUUGUGUUUUCGUGUCUCUCUAAAAUUUAAUUUUUAAAUAUUCCGGAAGGCUUAUGCCUCUUUAGUCCGCUGCUCUGUUGCUGUAUUACCGGUUUAAAAGGUAUUUUGGUUUAUUAUUAUUAUUAAACUUUCAAGUAAUAUUUACAUAUAUUAUAGUAUGCAAUUCGACGUUUAACAGUUGGUUGAUUCAAAUUAAUUUUCGAUUUAGUAUUUUUUUUUUUUUGUAUUCUUUGCUGGUUUAAAUAAAAAAGUUCAAGAAUUUAAACAGUAAAGAAAUGUAAAAAUUGACAACGAUAUUAAUUUUAUUGUAUUAUUCGUUUUCGUGUAAAUGUCAUUUUACCGAAACCAUGUCCAACAUAUAAUGCGACUGACGUUAUUAAAUUUUAGUUUUAUAUUAAUAUUUACCACGCAAGAACACUGCAGUUUACAAGAUAUAGAAUCGCAAGAAUUUAUACAUUAUGUAUGUUAUACAAAAUUAACUACAUAUAGACGGAUAUAAUAUUAUAAUCAAAUGAACAAGGUUAUAAUAUAGCCAUAUACAAAAAAAAAUGAAAACAAAAAAAAUGUUUUGUUUUUUUUAUUUUUUCCGUACAGUUGUUGAAAUGUCAUCAUUGUUUUAUUGUGAUAUAGUUACCAUAUAACACUGUUCCUUAAAAUAUAAAUAUAUUUGUUUUUUGUCUAUAAUUGAUUCGUUUAACUUUAAAAAUAACUUCUCACUAUACUAUUCAUCAUUAUAAUAACCUAGGUAUUAACUCAUAACUGUAAGUUAAAAUUCAAUACAAUAUAUCGAAUGAACAAAUUAUCGAGCUAAAUUAUAAAAGAGACAGCCUUAAAUAAUAAUAAAGUAAAACAUAAGUUAAAAAGUCAAGUAAUUUCAACGUAAUAUGGUCUGCGCGUUGGCUUUUUCAAAUAAUUUAACUGUCCGAGAUGAGUUUUAUCAUCGAAAAUCAAAGCUAUGGAUAUUUAACAUUUCUUACAAGUCAGCAGAAGAAAAUAAAAAAAAAUUUCAAAAAUUAUAUUUAAACAUAUUAUACAACACAGUUUUGUUAUAUUAAAAUGUUAACAUUUCAACAUAAUGUUCCGGUAUCAACUAUUUUUAAAAAUGGGACAGUUAAAAAAAAUGGUUUACAAUAUAUAUAUAUAUAUUUUUUUAUAAUGGACCUUAAUACAAUUACUAUUUCGGCCAUCAGCUUUUAACGUAACGCGAUCGCCUAGUGAUUUUCAAAGAUAAAUAUAUUCUGGUAUAUUUAAAAGAAGUAGAACAAUAUCCUUAAUUUUUUUUUUCUUUAACUUCAAAGUCCAUUUAGGCUCAAUACUAUAUCACACACUUCCCUCCACCCAACGAAAGCUCCUUGUAACUUUAGUAUUUUUAGAUCCUUUGUGAAUUUACUAGAUCAUCGUUGUUUGGGUCUACCUAUAACGUUCUCUUUCUUUGUGCUUUCCAAUAUUAGGGAUUAGUUUUUCUUUUUUAUACACAUGUUAGACGUGGCCUAGUCCAGCUUAAUUCUCAGUUGUGUUGUUUGGUAUGUUUGUUAAUGGAGGAAUAAUAAAAAUAAAAGUACAUUUCAAUUUUAGUAAUUGUUAUUUAUGUAGGCACAUUUUAAUCAUUUUUUUUUUUAUUAAGUUUUGCUUUAUAAAUUGUACGUAAUCUAUAGAAUAUCACAUGUAACAGUUGGGUUCGCUUCUGUGUAUCUAUGUCUCGGACAAAGAAACAUUUUAUGCAUAUUUAUAAAAGGUCUCGGGUGUCAUAAUUUACUAAGAUUUAUGAAAUGUAAAAUAUACAUCGAACAAUACUGUCCAACGUUAUUCGGAAUGUAAGUAUAGUUAUUCAGUGUAAAGGCAGUAUAUUUAGAAUAUUUAAAGUAAUAAUUUUUUUCUGGCAUUUUAAGUUUUAUAGUUGAACACUCACGUCUUUUUAAAACUAUGUGGUUUUCUGUUUUAAUACAAUUUUUACAUUUUAAAAAAACAUCAGUCACAGAGUAGUCGAGGAAUUUAAAACAUUUUUCGAAAUAACACUUACACAUUUUUACAAAACACCAGCUAUUUGAUGUGGUUUUGUUAAUAAUUUUAUUUGCUGAAGAGUAUUUUUUUCUAAAACAAAUUCAAAACUACAUUCGUGUAUACAACAAAAGUGUAUAAAUAAAUAUUUCUAGGAAUACUGCUUCACUAGUCUAGACACAAUAUGUUCUAUAAACGUAGAUUUGUUAUUUUUCGUACCUAUUAUAGUAUAAAAUAAAUAUGUUACACUUAUUUUUUAAUUAACACAAAUAAUUUAGUAUGUUUAGUUUUUACAUAGUAUAUUGUUUAUUUUUGUUUAAAUAUUGUGAUUACGUACCGUGUUUAUAUUAUUCACUUAAAAUCCAUAAAAAAAGUGCUUAAAAACGCCAAAAAAGCCCUGAAAAAAAAACACUUAAACAUAUUUAAAAUAUACAAGUCUUCUUAUAUUUUAUUUGAAACACAAUAUUCAUAUUUAUUUAAUAAUAUAUUUAGUUGAUGUUAUAUAAAUUCAAUUUGGCCGGCAUUUUGGGUGUAUCUUCGUUUUUUUUUACUUGUUUUAAAUUUUUUCCGAACGAAGUAAACAAAAAUUGACUACAGCAUUUCCUACCACUAUAAUAAUUAUUGAACCGUGAUUGACUUAAUAAUAUUUUAUUUCCUUAACCUCAUUUACCAAAAUAUCCAAAAAUCAAAAAAAAAUUAUUAAAUAUCCGAAAUAUCGAAAUAAUAUUCCAUUUACAAUGAUUUAAAAUAUAAAUUAUAUUCCUUAACCUUGACUUUUAUUAUUUUGUAUCACUGUGUCAAUUUUAUUUUAUUUUUAUUAUGAAACACUUUAAUGCGAAUAUUAUAAGAUAUACUCGAAACUUUGUAAAACAACUGAAAUCAAACCAAUGUAAACUUUCGCUUUUAAUGUUCGACACGUGCAUUUAAUUGGUCACCAGUAACCUACUUAGAUAAGUUAUCUAGAUUAAUGUUACCGUAUAGUAGCUCCUAGGACGGUCCACUUCAGUUUUCUAUUAUUGCUGCCAAAUUUGUAUAUAGAAAAGCAAAUUCUUUUCAUUAUACUAGGCCAAAGUUAUAUGCAUUAGAAGUAAUCGAGUGUUUUUAAAAACAAAAUAUUGUUUAAUUAAAUGAUUUUGAUUGUACAUAUUAAAACGUACAACAAAAAGCGGAAGUACGUCUUAUAUUGCACCUUAGAAAGGUCAUUAUUUUGGAUAGUGUACAAUAGGAAAAAAGCCAAUGUGUAAGUACAAUUUUUGAUUUAUUAUCAACAUUAAAUUGAAUCAAGCUCAAUCAAUCAAUCAAUUGGUCUUGAAUCAAGCUCCAAAUUAAAACUUGAAUUUUUGAAAUUUUUAGCGGUGUUUAUUUAAACAUUGUUGGUGUUUAAUUACCCAGAUGACAAGUUUUCUACAUUUUAUCUAUAAAAGAAAACAUUGUAAAACUGUAAUGAUUUCCUAUCAUUCAUCAGUGUAACUCGGAGGAAUUGCUAAUGCAAAAAUUCAAAUUCAAAUGCCAAUAAACCUUAUUUACGUAACCGAAAAAUUCGUUUAAUAUUUACAUUUUAAACAUAUAAAAAACCACCUUAUAAUUAUAUACACUCCCUUUGAACGAUUGAUCUCACUAUGUUUUAAAUUUAAAAAUAUGGAGCGCUUUGUAUAUUGAGUUUUAUUUUUUUUUCGUGCAUACUUUCAACUUCUAUAAAAUCGUUUUAUAAUUUUAAUCAACUCUCGUUAUUAUUUUAUCCAUAUAAAAUAAUUGUUGUAAUCUAAAGGGGUUUUUUUAAUAAACGUUCGUCAAAAUCACUCAUGUUUUUUUUUUACAUUUCAACGAACAUAAAAUAUUCACGUGUAGGCUGUUAUUAUAACUCCUAUAGUAUUUGCAACGUUUUAAAUUUUCGAGACCAAGUAGUAUUGUAAUGAAGUAGGUACUUUAUAGAAAAUAAGUGCUGAGUAAGUUUUUUGAUAUUGAGACAUUCGACCUCAGACAAGAAUAAGGUAUACGACAUAAUAAUAAUAAGAUAUAAAAUUCAAAAGGCUAUUCAUCAAUAUAUUAUUAUAAUAUUACAAUUAUUAGUGUUUUAUGAUCUAUAGAAAUUGUACAGUGUAACGAUUUACAAUAAACUAAUAAAAAAAUUCGAAAUAAAUACGAUAAGAUCGAAUAUAUUAUAUAGUCAAAUUAUUUCGCAAAAAUAAUUUUCAAUAAUUACAAUCUAAUUAUUAUAUAGUAAUUUUAAAUCUUAGCAUAAUUUAUUAAUUAAACAUUUUCACGAACAACUAUUAUUUUUAUAACAGAGCUUGACUGGGGUCACCGAGUCCCAGGGAAGUUUUCGUGUGUCUACUUCUCUUUCUCUUAAAAAGCUUUACGAUCAGGUAGACAAACCUUUCCCCUUAACUUUUACUAUAUAAUUUAUUUAGUUGUCAUUAUUACAGUGGUGUAUUUAAGGGAUGGAUUCAAGGGGUGGAUCACCUCUUCCUUGGGCGAUAUUAAUGUGGAUGUCCAAGCAAUAAUCUUAGAUCGGUUUGCAGAGAAAAAAAGAUUAUACUGCUUUAAAAUUGUUGUAAAUAUUUUUUAUACAUUUUGUAUACAAUUGUUUGAUAUAUAUAUUUAUGUUUAUACAAGAUGUAAUACGAAGAUAUACUCAUUAUAAUAUUUUACAAUAUUUUGUGAUGUAUUAUCAUUUUUGAACACCCCCCCCCCUCCUUGAUUAAUCUCCAAAUAUGCCACAGCAUUAUUAAUAUAAUCUUUAAUAGGUAUUGAAUGUUUUCGUAUUGAAUUUUAUUCCUUUCGUCAAAUCUGGCAGAUAAUUAAUUAUUAAGUAGAUGUCUACUUACACAAUACAUAUUGUGACGUAGUUUGUAUCGAUUAAAUCAUAAUAAAUAUUAUAGCGAUAUUCCGGUUUAGAAUUACUCUUGUCUUUCCCCCGCCAAUCAUUAUUCACAUAGGUGCAAAUGGUCUAAAUAUUUUGUAGGAGCUUAGGCACCACAAUAUUGAUCAUGUACUGACUAGUAUUAUAAGUACCUAAUUUUGAACAGGGAUAACUUGGCAGAAGUUUGAACUAGCGAGCAACUAAUUCUCUUCAAGCCACCUUAUUUGUGGCAAUGGUUAUACACAUUAUAAUGUAUAAUGAUAAAAUAUUAUGAUUAGAUAAAUGCAAUAUAUUUGUUCAAUAUUGAAUAUUUAUAAUUUUUUUUUAGAGUUAAUAAGUUUUUGUCGUCUGAGACUGGACAAACAAAUAAAAAUUACUUUAAUUAAAAAAAAAAAAAAAAGGAAUUCGAAAUAGACAAAGGCAUAUAUGUUAAUUUAUUUCACAUGUUUAUCUCCAGUAAUGGCUAAUAUUAAUUUAUUUUAUUUUAAGAUAAAACUUGCAAUGUACUGUAAUUAGUGUAAUAUUGUGAUUAAUAUUGUUUUUACUAAUCACUAUAUAAUACCUAAAAAUGGUUAUCAUAAUAAUAAUUGUUUGGAACUAUGAAAUAUUUAUUUUUAUUUUGAGUCCCUCUGGUCCCUCUCAACACCAAACAAAUUUAAUAAUAUUUCAAUCUUCGUAGCUUUAGAUCAUAAUACAAAUUAUUUGAAAAGAAAACCAACUAGAAAUAUAAUUAAAUAGAUAGACUAAACGUUUUAUUUAUUAAUCAAAUCAUAUUAUACUAAAACAUCCGCAUAUAUAUACUAAGUCUCUGUAACAUAGGUAUCUGCAGGUACAUACUUUUUUUUAAUAAUAUAAUAUAGGUACUGGCUUAUAUAUAAGUUAGGUUUACCUAGGUAUACGAGAUUUGAUUAAAUUCAGCUCCGUAAGCAUGUUUUUAACAAUGUCAAAUAAUAUUUUUGACAAGUAUAGUAUAAAAUCUUUUCCGCUGUAUAUUACAUAGAAGUGAAGUAAACUUGCUAUUUAUAACGUCGUAAGUUACCAUUCACAAUGACCAAGUCACAAGUUAAUAAAGUUUCUUAAAUGUUUUUUUUUUUUUAAAGUAAGUAUUAUAAUAUGUACCGCAUGGAACAUUGUUUAUAUUAUAUCUACUUGAAAUAAUAAUUUGAAAAAAUAUAAUUUUAUUAAAUAUUAGUCAUACUUUUUUAAAAUAACCGGAGACAAUGUCGCGCGUACAAAUGCGUCUAUUAAAUUUUGCAUUGAAAUCGUAUAAUUUCACAAUAAGAUUCGUAAAUGUUUAAAUAUACAUUGAGAUAUUAUGCCUUAAACACGUGGCAUUUUUAAUAUAAACUGUACAUUAAUUUUAUUUACCGCAUAUAAUAAAACACUAUAAACAUUAUUAAACUAUUUUGUUCAUCGCUGUACUUAUAAUAAAAAUGUAGGUCGGACAUUUUUAAUUUUUACCGUAGACCUGUAUAAAACAAAUAUGGACAAGGGUACCAAUACAAGAUACUUUGUAGUGUACAGUUUAGGUCUUAUGGGGGACUUGCAGUUUAUACAGAAUAUGUCAAUAACUUUCGAAUACUAUUGACUGGUGAGAGAAAUGUACACAUCACGACUUCAUUUUACAUAAAGAUAAUAAUUUCCAAAAACUGUGAUUCAGUAUCGUUCCAACGUUAUCGAAAAUAUACAUAUCCAUAGUAGAUAUAAUGUAAUAUGUAUACAUUUAUAGGUACAUCGUGUUUAUGUGCUGCUGUUAAUGCGACUUAGCUCAUUGCGCUUUAAGUUAAUCUACGCGUAGAUAUCAUAUUAUAAUAUGUAGGUUAGAUUAGGUCGAUUUAAUUCGGAGAUUAAAAAAUACGCGUAAACGAUUUAAUAAAAAUAUAAUUUUUAACGAGAUUCCCCAGAGAACUUUUCCUGACAAUAGUAAACAUUGACAUUAUUAAUAAUGUGGCGUUACAACAGGCAUUAAUAUAGUUAAUACCUGCGUAUAAUGUAUAGAGCUGCUGUUGGUCUUGAGCGCAUCAACGCGAUAAAGUCAAACGGCAUCGUAUUAAUUAAUGACUGUAUACUCAGCGUAUAGGCUACAUUAUAAUGAACGUGAUGGCGGAGUUCACGGCGGACAAGUCGGACGAGUCGUCCGAUUUUUGAAUUUCCGCGCAAAAAUCGUACUAAAAUACCGCGACAGUAGUAGUAAGUAAUUCGGUGAUUUAUUAUAUUUGCGUCCCCGUUUCCGCAGCAUCGCGCAUAAUCGGGAAACAUAAUAAUAGUAUGCACGAUAGAGGUACCCACGGGACACGAGAAAACGGUAAAACGAUACAAUAAGGAAAAGCCGCGGUCGAUGACGCGUUUCGUGUUGUUUACAACGGUCCGAACAAAUUACGAUACGGCGGCGCGGCGUCGGCGCCCUUGAAAACGAAAAUUCGAAGCGCAGUAUACGGUGUUAUUAUUAUUAUUAUUAUUAUAUCGCGUACCGGAGCGUAUUACGCAGACGUCGUACACCGAUACACGCCGUACCGUAUAAUAUUUACAGGGUGAUAUAUUAUUUAUCUUUCCAUCAUGGUCCAGCGAUUAUCUAUUCGAAGAUCUGUUUGUAAAAUUGUUUCUGUUUUUUUUUUUUCAGUCAUUGUAGAACUGUUUACAUCAAUGAUCGUAUUUACGAUAUUUUCAAAAUGUUACCGUUAUCCCGUACACCUUGUAUACUAUAAACACAUUGUAUUUUUGAUUUUCUAAUGACAAUAAUCUCCGUUUUCAACACAGAUUCGAAAACAAGGUGUUGUUCAUGAGUCAUAUAACUAUAGUUUAAAAUUUAGUUCGAAGGAGUAUGAAAGAAUUAUGGUCCUCUUAAAAUGAACACGAAACUUAUUACACGCUUUCGGAUUAAAUUUUAAACUGUUAGCGUUUUAUAUGUUUUGAGGUAUUUUGAAACUUUUUCUUUUUUCUCAUCUGUGCGCUUUAAAAGUAGUGGGAAAAGGUCGAAGUUUGAAAAUCAAAAGUCAAUACUCAUUUUUUAAAUAUUACAUAAAACAAAUACCGAAAAAAAUUAAUACUUUCCGAGAUAAUGAGUGUACCCACUUAAAUGAAACACUAUAUAAUUAUUAUAUAAAAAAAAAAACAAUAUCAGAAAUCAAAUUUAUACUUAUAAUCCUCAAACGAAAUCGUUGGUUCAUGAUAAAAAAAAAUCACCCUGUAUAUAUUAUUAUAUAAUAUUCGAUGUUAAACCGUCCACGUAGAACUAUGAAUUUCAUAAUGUCUUCUCCACGGGAUAUAUAAAUGGUGAAUAGAUUGUGUCGAUGUAAUAGACAAAUCGUGAGUACUCUGCAAACAGCUAGAAAUAGUAAAUAUUUAAAAUUAUUCUUUUUCACAAAUUUAAAAAUACGGUACGAUUUUCCCUCAAAAAUACACUUCUACGCUCUUCUAUAAAGUUAUUUAUUUACACGGCAUUCAGUUUUACAUCCGUCAUAAUAUACACAAAUCAAAAUCAUCUAAUGUUUACUUACCGUAACUCUGUCGUUCCGAUUAGUUAUAUAUAAUUAGGAAUUAUUUUUCUACGCUAACUUUGACGCACCUUCUCAACCCCUCAGGAGUUGAAUUUUCCUAAUCGGUCAAAAAUAUGUUUAAUUAUGUAUUUAUUUGAUUGAUUGUUCAUACAAAGUUUCGGGUUGAUAAACGCGCUUUUAAUUUGUCUUCAUAAUACAAACUUUAACAUCCCCCUUUAAUUACAUCGGGUUUGAAUUUUGAAAACUCUCAAUUUCUUCGACUAAAUUAUUUAUAUAAUAUUAUAAGGAUGCUCUUCGGGAAAUUUCAAGUUUCUGCACCCAGAUGUUUGGUCUAUAUGAUGUAUUGAUGAUUAUACAGAUACGUAUGCCAGUAUAUAGUACUGUUAUAAUAAUCUCCGUGGCUUAUCGUGUAUACGAUGGGUAAAACUUAUUAAUAAUAUACAAGGUGAUUAACACGAGUGAGACAAUUCAAUAACUCGGAAAGUGUUAAUUCCCAUUCAAAAUGGCCGCGUCCAUGUCGCACAAAUAAUGUUUCACGUUACUCUACAUCUACCAACUAAACGAUAGACUUAAAAGUAGAACAAACUCGUCAAACGGAUACCAGCUGAUAUUAAACAUUUUAACAUUGAAAUUUAUUUACACGAUAAAACUAAAUUUAUUUAUAGAAUUUCCGUUGUAGGUUGUUAUUCGAAAAUCAAAAUAUAGUAUUGGUACCUAGUGGUUUCACCGCGUAAAUAAGGGCGGCGAAAAAUUAAUAGCUGGUUGUUUUUUUACAAUUGAAAAAAAAAACGAAGCAAAUCCCAAAAAAGUCAAUAUUGUCCGAACUAAUGAGUGUCUUACGUUAUGUUGAUAACCAAUGGCCGAUAUUCAAUAUUAAAAUAAUUACUAACGUUGAAUCCACGCGCGUGUUGCGCGUCGAUCGAAUUCCUCCGGCGUAAUACAGAUUUCCGUGCACUUAGAUGUUACUCAUUAUUAUUAUACUAAUAAUACGGUCCUAACGAGAUAUAGCAGACCCCGUUUAUCGGCAGUCGCGCCGGCGACAUCAAAAAUAGAAAGCUCGUCGUGGGGUCUCCGUUGGAUGAUUUCGCCGCCACCGUGUUACGUCGAAUAUGUAAUAAUAUAAUAAUAAUUAUACUCGGUAAGUUAUACUAGGCUAUCAACCUAACCUCAUCCAACCUAGGACGGACGAGUAGCCAGGCAUUUUUUCAUGAGCAGGAGGCAGGUGUGGGGGGGGAGGUAAAUGUCGUUAAUUUUUAAACGUGUCUUUAGCGUAUUUCUCCGACAAAAAUAUCGUCGAAACUCGCGUUCCGAAAAUUCAUUCAAAGAGUGUUAUUGGUCAACUCAUCGGGAGGCAUUUGUGACCUAUAUCCCCUUGGUUACGCGGUAAACCGCUACUUAAUCACAUUUACAAUCUUAUUUCGGAUCUUAUUAUAAUAAUAAUAAUCGAACAAUAAUAGGAUAUUUAAUAUCCGGGAAAAACCGUGUUACGUCGUGUUUAUUGAAAAUGCCUUUUGAUUUAUUUUAAUGAAAAACCAUGUUUCGCGUUAGGACACAGGAAAUUCGUCAGAGGAACGGUACAUACGACUUCGAUUUUCACGAGUAGUAAGCUUUCUCGGUUUAUUAUUAUUAUUAUUUUUUUUUUUAACUUUAAAAUUCAAUUUAUCGCGUAAAUCACCAGGUGGCUUUUUGUAUACGUGUGACGAAGUUAUUAUAAAAAUAAAAAUACACGUGUUUAACACCCCUCCCUCCUUUCCGCCCGCCAAAUAUUUUUCAGCCGCGCUCUCUCUCUCUCUCUCUCUCUACGAUAUUGUAACAACAAUAUUAUUAUAAUAUAUAUAGAAACUUAUCUGGCCUUGACGAUAUUUUACUUAGACUAUACGGUGUAUUUAUUUUUUUUUCGGUGGCGCGUUUACCGCGACAGAUGACGCACUUAGAUCUGCCCCUGUAGAUAUUAUUUUUACACGCGCACGCGUAGAUACUAAAUUUACAAUAUAAUUAUUAUCUUCAGACCGAACGUAUAUAACCUGCAGACUCCUGAACAUAACAUUAGACAUUUAAUAAUGCGUUCACGUUCGACGAUAACUAUAUACUUAUUAUCGAUGUUGUAAUACUUUUUAUUAAGGUUAUAUAUACGUAUAUAAUAUAAUAAUAUCAUAAUUCAAUAUCUCGUGUAUAGGUACCGACAAAAAUCGCAAAUUGCCGGCGGACAUGAAACGAUUUUUUUUUUCUUUCGCCUUAUACAGACAAAAUAGCCAUAGCCUAUAAUAAUAGAUCCUAUACAGGUAGUAGGUACGAUAAUUAUUUUCUCAAUGCCUAUCCGAAAAGCUUCGUUUCGUAAUAAUCCACUGAUAUAAUUAUUACACGCGAGAGCGUAUUAUAUUAGGGGUUUUUGGGUGUUCAAUCCUCCGCCUCGUGCGAAUAUACAGAUUUUGGAUAUUAUUUCAAAAAACGAUGUACAGUAUAAUAAUAUGUAAAAAUCAAAAGCGGGUAUGUCGUUUCAGCUUGUUAGUAAUUAUACAGAUAUUUUUUCAAAUUUUCUGCGUUUUACAGAAUUUUUCAAAUAUUAUUUUGAUCAACAAAACUCGACAUUUUCAGUAUGCAUUUCCACAAUUUCGAUAUACAAAAAUCGCAUUGUUCGAAAUAAUAAAAUGUAUUAAUUAUUCAGAGACAAUAUGUAUUAUCCGUUGGUUGUAAAGUCAGUACGCGUUUAUCCGUUUUUUUAUCAUGUUCUUUAAUAAAUUGCCGUUUUGAAAACUUAAUAAAUAAUUUGAUUUGCGUAACAGAUUUUUCAAAAGCGUGACAUUUUGUAAUGCAUUAAUCACUGCUUAAUACAUUUUCGUGUUUUUUUCUUUUUUUUAAUAGGGCUUCAUAAUAGUUUUUAGGACACUAAUUAUCAGUGACGUACUCUUUUAACGGGAAGGUUAAUAAUAAUAACAAUUACGAUGAAUGAAUCGUAGAAUCUAUAACUUCCUAACUCGACAACGGGAAUUCAAAAAAAUCCUGCAAUCUGUAUUCGAGAAAUCAAUCAUCGUUUACUAGUAUAUUUUAACUGGAAUACAGGUAUACGCAACGCGUUUUAUGAUUAAUUUAUCAAAAAAUAGCCACUCGUGGUCAAUGACGGAACUAACCUGAAAUAGCCCAGAGGCGAUCUAUAAUCUGUCCUGUAUCCGACCACCAAUAUUUCCUCGCAAUGCAUUUCUAAUAUAAUUUUUUUUUAUUUUCACCUAUUUGCACGAGCUGUAAAUGAUAUUUAGUUAUUUUCAUGUCGAGCACCGCCCGCCCAUUCCUAAAUAGAAAAAAAAUCUUUGACGAAGCAGUCGCUUCUCGAGAGACCGCCGCGUUCGUUUCGCUACCGCUCGUAGUUCUUGCGUUUUGAAGCCAAUGGCGGAGUGGGCGAUAUCAUAUACUGUACCGCGCACGCCGGGGGAUUGAUCGUUUUAUAACUACUGUUUAGCCGCGACAAUAUCGACUCCGUAUCUAAAAACGAUAAAUAGGUCGCGAAACGUUAACGGCGCGAUUGUGUUUGCCCGAUUGUUGCAGUCGACGCGAAUGUUACCGUAUCGCUUUCCGGAUAAUUAUUAAUAUUUUAACAGUACAUUUACGUCGUGGCGCGCGCCGCAGCGCGCGUGUUGUUGCGCAUACAAAUCCAGCGUGCGUUAACCUCCUCUCGGGUACGAAAAGUCCGCGUAUAAUGCGUUUGUGCGCGGGACGCUAUUGCAAACUAAUAAGUUUGUACAGUACGUAAAUCGCUUAAGUGUACGUCGCGCGUAUAUCCGAACAUUAAUAACAAUAUACAAUAUCGUAUUAUGUACGUGCAUGAAACGUUUCCUUUUCUUCUUACCCCGCGACGAUACGCGACGACGCGGCGACGGAUCUUUUGCUUUUUGGCAUAAAUUUUGCGACGCGUGCCCGCGCAGCCGUUUUUGUAAUGUUCGUGCUGGAAAAAUUAUGCACGGUAUAAAUUAUUAAUCGUCGGCGAUACAGCGAAACGGUCGUGUGUUUACGAGGAAUCGAUCCUCGAAAGCGGACCGUACCGACGCGAUAAUAUUAUUAUGAUUUAGACGAGCACGCGGUCGUUUCGACACGAUUUUCUCGUCAUAAAAUUAUAAUUGGCGAGCGCGUGCCCCGCUAAGUUAUAGAGUCGCUUUUGAGUUUGUGCGCGCGAAUCGAAAUAGGUAAUCGCGAUAACAAUACGACGAUAUUUUAGUGUCUAAGCGAUACCAUACGAAUAGUUUGCUUCUUUUUUUUUUUUUUUUUUUUUAAUACCUACAUUUGUGUUUCCUUUUAUCUGUAAACAACGUCCGGACUGCCGUAAUUCUUGCUCCAAGCAUCAGGGACAGUUUCUAGUAGCGAAUUUAGAUUAUUCGGUGCAAAAACUAGGUCAUUUUAUAAAAUUUUCUUUAUAGUUUUCUAAAUAGCGGGGAAGAACUGGGACGAACGGCGGAAAACGGGAAUAUUUACGUAUUAACUGUUUCUGAUGAUUACGCUUUUUAUUGUAAAUACAGUCGUAGAGAAUUGAACAAAAUUGAACAGCUAAGCUUGAACGCCACGGCUUAUGUAUUAAUUAACAUCUGGGCUAAUUAUGGACACGCGAGUAUGUACUCUGCUUCCCCCUCCGUAAAUGGCUGCUUGUUUGUAUACUAGGUGAUUCAUUUAAGUGGGUACACUCAUUAUUUCUAAAAAUAUUAACUUUUUUCGGAAUUUGUUUUUUAAAACAUUUAAGAAACAACCAACUCUACAAUUUUAUACUUAUGUUAUUUUUCGUAACCCUUACUUUUGGGGGUAAAACCACUACCUAUUUUUGAUUUUCAAAUGGAAGUGGAAUAUCUCAUCAACGGCUUGACAGAAAUAAAAAAAUUCAGCACUCAAAUUUCUUUUAACUAAUAUUCCAUUUAUUUAUGGGAUUUUUAAUGUAGGUCGCCAUUUGAAAAUCAAAAAUAGGUAGUGGUUUUACCCCCAAAAAUAAGGGUUACGACAAAUAACAUAAGUAUAAAAUUGUAGAGUUGGUUGUUUCUUAAAUGUUCUAAAAAAGAAAUUUCAAAAAAAGUUAAUACUUUCAGAUAUAAUGAGUGUACUCACUUAAAAGAAUCACCUGGUAUUAGCACUUUCUAGACAUGGGACAAUUUGCAAACUUUUAUUUAUUUUUUUUUUCUGAUUGUUUUUAAUUUGAUAUAAUACUAUUUGGAAUUGUCGAGUUUGUUUUGAUUUUAUGCGGAUACGAGUAUACAAAUGAUGCAACUUAUGUUGUAGUUACAAUUUCAAUUUAAUACAAUAUUUUGAUUUAGACUUAUCAAAAAAUGUUUUUUCAAACACUACGCUCAGAAUAAUUAUUGUUCGUAAUGAUUUAUCGUUGCCUACAAUUUUAUCAUUUAUAAAAACUAAAUUAUCCUAUACAUCCUAUACCUUUCCAACUUUUUGUUUUAUUUUGGGUUUCUUCUGUUCCGAAUUUUUUCAUGCUAAAUAUGUUCACGAAUGCUAUUAGGCAGGACAUGCACGGAGAGAGCAGGAAUCAAUAAUAAGGACUGUAAUCGAAAACAAGGAAGCAACUACUACAGGAAGAUUUUGCUUGAAACGGGAGGAUUGUGUUGUCAGUAUAUAUAUGAGAGCGGUGGAACCUAUGGAGUAUAACGAAGAUAACGGGGGAUAGAAAUAGAUGGAGGAGCAUUUGCUCAGAGGGUUGGUUUUAAAGGCCGUUACCUAUUUUGAAAUGAAAAAGAAAAAUAAUGUAUUUACUACACCAUAUCGUGUACAAUUUUUCUUUUCAUCGUUACUGUGGUAUCAGUGGUAAUCCUCGACCGUUAUUAUUUUGUUGUCGUUUCGUACGCACGGAAAUUAUUGUUUGUAAAUACCGAUAUUAAAGUAAUCAUAAUAAAAAAACUGUUAAGUAUAGGGCAUAAGUAUAUAUUAUUAUCAUGACGAGGUCGAAAAUAAUAUUCGGAAAUAUUCGAGUUAUUCGUUAAUAAUUUGCAGUCCGUGUGAUGGUUAUAAGGUUUUUAGUUGGUUUUAUAGCUGACCAAAUCGUGUUUUAAAAAAUAAACAUUAAUAUUUUUUUUUUUUAUGAUAUCUACUAUAAAAAAAACUGGUGUUUUACGCUUGCUUAAUAUAAUUAAAAUAUUAAGCUAUUAAAAUUGUUGGAAUACUUCCGUUUUAAAAAGUUUAGUUUUUGUUUAUAUAGAUGUUAUAAUAUAUUAUGCUCAGUAUUUAUUUAUUUAUAGUCUCCGAAUACAUUUUAUUAGUUACUUACUAAAUAUAAAGAACUCAACAUAAAAAACGUUCUGGGUAAAAAAAAAAAAAAAUCAAAAACCAAAACAAAUCGGUUAGUUUUAGGUUAUUAAGUUUGUAUUUACAGUUUAUGUCACAAAGCAAAUACUAUUUGAUUAACAAAAUAUCAAUAUGUAUAUUACGCAUUGCCAUUUGAAAUUAUCAGUAUAUUAUAUUUUUUAUUGUAUAACAGAAAUUAUAUAAAAUAUUUAAUUAAUAUUCAUGUUUUAUUGCAAACGUUUAACAUUUAACGUUUAACGUUUCACUGAAAAUUGAUUUAAAGUAUGGGAACAACGAAAUACAAUAAUUAAUACAGCUACGGUUGAUUUUAAUUAAAUGUAUUAAAACUAUAUAACAUUGAAAAUGUACUCCUUGCAGUAAAUACUAUCGGACAAAUUGUUUUUAAAAUCGAGAAAUUCAUAUUGGCCAUAUUGGUUAAAAAUCAAAUUAAAAUUUAACUUGGCUUAUACAACACCUUUGACAUUUUUUUAUUAACUUGGAUUAUUUUUAUUUUACAUUUAAUUUUAAUAAAUAAUACUAUGCAAAUUCGAAUAAUAUCACGUUAUGUAUUACCUUCGAUUUCUUCUAAUUUUAAGUUUAAUACAGUAUUAAAUUUACAAUAUACAAUGAAUAACGAAACAUUAUAAUAUUGCAUUACAAAAAAAUUAUAUAUAUAGCGUAAUUUGUUUUAUUAUUAUUUAAUAAAGGAUAAAUGAAUAUGUAUAGAAUUCUGAGUUUAAAAUAAAAAUAAUUUAACAUUCUUAGAAUAACCCCUCUGUGUUUAAUAUUAAUCGUAAUUCUUAUUUAAAAAAAAAAAAUCAUAAACUCUGAGAUUAAUUCUUUUGUACUAUGAUCAUAAUAAUAUUUUACAAAAAUCGAAACAAAAUUAAACUUAAGUUAAUUAGUCGAUUAAAUUCUCCAAUCAACUCUCAACUUAAAUGAAUCAAUUUAUAAAACGAUUUAUUUAAAUUAAUUAAUUAUUUUUUAAUAAAUUACUAUUAAUUAGUUAAUUUUCUUUUAAUCAAUUACUGUCCAUUAACUUGUACAGCCUUGUAACUUAUUGUGGCAACAAUUUAUAUGCAACUCCAAUCUACUGCGAACAAAUCGAUGGACUUUGUAUUAUUAUAUUGUGCUAAUGGUGAAACAUGAUAAAACUUACCGUGACCAUGAAACCUGUAUGUACACAACAUAAUUUUAAUCGCGUUUCAAAAAUAAUAUUUUAUGCUACAAUAUUAGCACUAAAUCACUGAACCACAUAGACGAUACUCGUCGAGGUACUUACUCAAGUUUCUGAUAUUAUUCAAACAUUAACCCGUCACAACAACAAUAUAAUAAAUCGAUAUACCGAAUAGUGUAUGCGUGUGUAAAGUAUAUUAUAUGUCGAAAAUGACGUACUAAGCGAAUAAAGUUAAUAAAGUCAAAAGUAAAUUGAUUCGCCAUAGCCUUUAUAAAUUAUAGAAAUACAGACGUGUUCAAAAUUAUCAUGUCCAAACGGCAUGGAAUCGUUAAUCAAAAUAUCCGAACACGAAGAGAGGAUCAUAUGAUUGAUGGUCACUUCUGCUAACGAUAAAUAAAAGCAAAAUAUAUUAAUAAAACCAAUACCAUAAAUCUAAAUCCAAAAAUAACAUUUUAAUUUCUCGAUUAAGAUUUGUCUUUAAUGGGGAACUAUGUGCGAACUGCUUUUCGGCUCAAAGACAUGUGUUACAGGAAAAAUUCUCAUACAUCGUAGAGUGAACCGAUUUUAACCAUUUUUUUUUUUUUUUUUUUUUUUUGUUAGGAAGAAAAAGACUCUCAUAGAGCUUAUUUAAUUUGGUUUUUGAAAAUUAUGUUUAUGAAAUAUCUGUAUAUAAUUAGAAUUUGAAUGUGACACAUUUUUUUUUAAAAAUUAAUUUAUUGGUUUAUUUAAUGGUUUUUGCUUGUACAAACAAAAAUCGAAGUACAAUGCUCCCAGUAAUCAUUUUUCAACAGGAAAAAAAAGUUCUAAAUCGGAUCAUUCUAUGAGUCCUGAAAGUUUGUCUUGUACCUAAUGCAUAUUUUGAGUUUUAACCGAAAUUUACUGACCGAGUGUGAGCUUCUCAUUUAUAUACCAAUUAAAAGUUGAAACCGGUUGAUUUAUUUAAUAAACAUUGUUUGCCUUUGACUUGAGUUGCUGGGUAUCAGCAUAUAGUAGCGGUAUUGAUACGGGUAGUUAAUUUCCUAAAUCACGUGGAGUUCUGCCACACUGACGCAUAUAGGGAGGUCAAGCUAUUACAACCACAUGCCAUCAUCCUCCCCAUGAUCUAUAAACAAUAUUAUAGACCUCGAUAUAUGUUAAUGACAAUUUAAGUUCCGCAUAACAUUUCAGUUUUCUUAACUAUAUUAUAAUUCAAUUUAAAUUAUUCAAAAUGUACAAUAUUAGAUAUAUAUUAUUCUACGCUUUGUUAAGAGUCAUUAUAGUUUUUGUUAUUUAUUUGUCAAAUUUGUUGAUUCGCGUAUAAAGCCGUACGAAAUGAAUAAUUGCCAAUAUUAAUAAUUGUUAACAAUUCGUUAAAAUAUCACAAGCAGAACAAUUAAUUUAUAGUUAUUGGGUUUCAGAUAUUGUGUUUUCACGUCAUGAAUUUAUCGAUUUCAGUGUUAUUACUUUAUCGUCCGGAGGCACGUGUCUUUUCCGAUAAUAUAUUUUGAACUCGGCGUUUUUCUCGGGGGGGGGGAACCGUUUUUCAAACAUUCCGGAUUCCGUCUACCUACUUUAUAAUUUAUUUCUAUCGCGCGUGCGAGAUAAAUUAUUACCUCAUCGUGGACAAACGCGCCGCGGGUUUGGUUCGGGUGGUUGUUUUAAAAAUUCGCACGCGACGCAAACAGUUUCGGUAAUGCAUUUCGAUGUACAAACGUAUUAAAUUUCCCGUGACUCGCAAACAGUGAAAAUGUUUUGAAAAACUUUGUAAAGUUUUUAUUGCGACAUAAUAACGAUAAUAUAGCAAUUUAGGUAGGUAGGUACGUAAUAAUAACGACAAUAAACCAUACGGCACUGGGAGCCGCCGACAUCGGCUGCAGGGUGGGUAGUCGGGAAAUCGUAUUUUUCCGUGGCCCGUGUAAUAAUACGAGUCGGUGUCCAAGGACACGGUACAAGUCAACGGGGGGGGGGAGAGGGGUCAGAUCCUCCAACCGCACACAACAGGUGUGUCGGAAAGAACCCCCCCGCGUACAUUUACUCCGUUACACCUAACCUAUAUAACAGCCACCCAAGACCGCCUAACCCCACCUAACCUAACCUAACCUAACUUAACGCACGGGUCCUUGAAUCUGGUGUUUUUCCGACUUUUCUCUGGUUGAGAAAGGGGGGGGGGUUCGAGAGAACGUAUCCAUGGUAACGCGACCGUGACGAAAUCGCAAAAACUACCUACGUAUAAGUAUAAAUACUCAUACAAUAUAAUAAUACCGCGUGAAUCUCGGAAAGACCGUUCGCUUCAAAAUUUACGUGUGUUACGGUCAAAAAUCACUUCCUGUCGAUCCAUUAUGAAAGUGUUGAUAAUAUGUAUGUAAUAUUUUGUAUACAGAAUUAUAAAUUUCUUUUGUGUUUUGAAUUGUUAUUUAUUUUGUAAUCGGUACAUUAAUCGUUCAUUAUUGUCAAUGAAAAAUAUUCAAAACUUGAAGAAAUUUAAUUAGCCACUUAUUAGUUAAAUUGAUUAAGGCGAAUAUGUAUAAGAAUAAUAAAGACCUAGAAGGGAUAUUAUCGACUGAAGUCGAUAGAGAACCAACUGUCACUAUAAUAUUUUCGCUCUUCUGAACUCAUAAUAUGUUAACAUUUCUGUAUAUGACUACGGUACAUUGCCGAACAAGUGAGGCCAUAAUACCAUUUAUAUAAUGUGCAUUGCCUAAAUGAAAGCUAUACGUGUGAUUACCGUAUUCAAUGAUUACAGUUGUCCCGUAUUUAUUUGAAUUGUCUACGGAUUAGUAGAUUGUACUAGUCUAGUAGGUUUUUAUCACGUAAAUUUUGCACGGUUUUCUACCGAUUUUAUUUUAUUUUCUGUAACCGAUUUAGCUAGCAUUUUCCUAAAAGUCAAUAAUCGUACUGAUGGAUAAACUACGGAGAUUAGUGGGAUAGAAUUAACAAAUAAUAUUAUUAUUGAUUAUGAUAAAGUUUUUAAAAAAAAAUGGUUUGAUAGGGCGAGGUGAACCUCCGAAAAAUCCAAAAUCUAAAAUAAAACCAAAAUCAAAUGACAGAAAUAUUAUUCAAUGUUAUAAUAGUGAACAAUUCGUUGUGGUUUUAUGUUUUUAUUAGGUAUACGUAGUACUAAAUAGUAAUAGUUUUUGUACCUAUACAUACUUUUUAUAUGUUAUCAUUUACUUUUUUUUCUGUUUUUCAAAUUAUACUAAAAUAAUUAAUUAUGGCGAAAUUAAAAUUUCUUUUUUUACCGUCGGCAAACAUGUCAAUUACCUACUUCAUCAACUUGAAUAUUGUUCUACGUCUACAGACAUAGAGCAGCCCAACGAUCGAGAAAGCUGAUAAUAUCAAUGUCAACGUUCGUCAAAAACGUAAAGUUGAGUAACUCCGGGAACCUAGUCUGUAAUAAUACAAUACUGUUGUAGAAGUGGCGUUUCUUUAUUGUCUAUACGAAAGUUAUACGUCGUUUACACGUAGAUUGAUAAGUGACACCGUACAUCUAUAGCCGAUUCCCGGGAUGUAAUCUGCGAACAAAUUUUAAAAUAGGCAUUGUUGAAAAUAAAUAAUAUGAACUAUACUUAAAAAAAAAAAAAACCAUCCCCUGUUACUCACCCUCCCCCACCCUCCCUCGCCACUACCCCCAGAGACGCUACUUCAGUGUGCAGCGAUGCGUGAGCGAGUAAAAUAAUAAUUUAGAAUAUCACGUCGUGUCACGUGCGCGUAUGUUAUUAUGCUGUUGUGCCGUGACGUGACGUAAAUCGAGCGGCAGCCCACGUCGUCGGCCCGUCGCUGUCGGUCCGCGUGUUGUUCGCUAAAAUUGCAUGCGAACCCGCGGCGUUGUCGGCGGUAGCGACGACGACGGUGGCGGCGUCGGCGGUGGUCGUCGCGGCGGUACACGUAUCACAGUCGCUGUUGUGGUCCUGCGAUGCUGCGCUUUUCGUCCCUGGCCCGCGGAUCGGCACCACCGCCACUGCUGCGUCGACCACGUCUCUCCGGAGAGUCACUACACGCGAAGGAGUACGAAAACCGUUUAUAGGCGGCUGUAGAGUUUUGUCUAUUCGCCUGUAGACGAUACCUACACAGAUUUGGCCACCAAUUCGUCUAAUCACCAACCGGUAACUGCAAUUUCGAUGGCAUCGCCGCUGCCGUCGCCGACGACUGGCCACAUCGUCGUUGCGUAUGAACGAUGACCGCGAACGCCGAAGACGAUCGGUCGCAAAAAAACGAUAGCCCGACCUUCACGCAACAACUUGUGGCCGCCGUCAAAGUCGCUACGCCGGUAAGACAAACGGGGCUAAGGGGUUGGGGAAAGGGCGGCAGUGAUAUCGUGCACCGUCAGGUGGGGUUUGGUUAGGUUCGACUCGCGUAUUCGAUUUCAGAAAGAAAUACAAAGUUUCAAUGGCGUAUCUACAGGAAACUUUUUUCCGGAGGUGGACAUUUUAAAUAGAUACCUUUAUGGAAACGAAUAUUUCAAUAUAUUUUAUUGUUGUUUAUGAAAAAAAACACUCGUCAUGCACAAAAAAAAAAAAACAGUUAUCGACUUACUGCUGUCCCGGUCGGGUAUGCUACUAAGAAUUUGAAGUUUUUUUUUUUUUAGAUUCUGAGUGUAGCGAAGAAUGUAUCAGUUUUACUAAGAUGUUUAUUAUUAUUAUUAUUAUUUUUCUAUGCUGUGUACAAAAUUUCAACUAGAAAUCUUGCUCAGAUAUAUACGCGUGGCACUAUUUUCGAAAGAGAAUGUUGUCCAGAUGGUAUUUUUAGGUGGUCAUUUUUUGAUUUUUCAAGCGGUUUUCAUAAUAUCUGGGAAAAACCAGGAUAAAAGUAUGAAAAACGGAAAAUGUACGAAAAUAAGGCUUUUAUUAUUUUACAAUUUUGUUAUUUGUUGUGAUUCAGUAAAAUAUAUUUGUAGAAACUUGAAAUUCAGACAGAAAACUUAUAUUUUUCUUUUCUAGAUACGGUAAAAUUUUCAAAAAAUUUAAACCAUUUUUUGAGCUAUUUAUAAACAUUUUAAUUUUUUGAGUUUUGUACAUAAUUUGUAUUUGGUACAUACUCAGUGGCAAAAUUGUUAGACUUGAACAGAAAUGCUUGAAAACCUAACAGAAGGUUCAAUAGGAGUCUAACUUUGUAGUAAAAAAAACGAAUUGAGUUUAAUAUAAUAUUUUUUUUUAAUUAAAAUUUUAAUAUUAAAUAAUUUUGUGUAAUAAAUCUAAUUUAUCAUUUUUUUUUUUUUUUUUUUUUUUUGUAUAUUGCCGAUUUAAAAAACGAUGACGAAGUCAGAGUUGUACCUUUUCAAGCAUAUUUGUCGUGAUCUAAUGGUUAUUUAUGCCUAUUUCAAGUUCAAUCCAGUGUUUCUUAAAAAAAUGUUUGCAUUUUUUUCCCUUUAACCUAAACAAGGAAAAAACAUAUAUUUUUGAUGUUUUUAGAGAUCGCUCGCUUGGACUAUUUUAAUCGCUAAAUACCCCUCGAUUUGUUGUGCAAACUAUUCUACCAGUAAUUUCUUUCCGAUUUAAAAUUAUAGUACUUUUAAUGAAAGAAAAUCUGACUGGGGAUAUAUUUUAGGUCAUUUUUUAAUUUUCGAGUUUUCCCAGCAAAUGUGAAAAACCGGGAAAAUUGGUAAAAUAUUAAAAAAAAUAUUAUUAAAGAAAAUAUAUAAUGCCUAUUUAAUUAUUUUACUAUAAUAUGACAUAUAUAUUGUUGUCAAAGCAUCGCAAAGAUCAGAAUCGUUUUUCGUUAGCAAUGUUUUAUUGUUGCUUACAGAUGUACAUUAAAUUGCCUAAAACUGGGGCUGAACAAGUUUCCAUUAUUCUAGGGCGUCUUUUUUAGAACUGUUUCCGCCUGUAAACCAGUUUUCGGCGGGAAAACUUCGAUCUAAACUUCGUAGAAAUAUUCUCGUAGCAUUUUGGAUUUAGUUUACGCGUCGAGGACAUCGUUUUUUAAAAUUUCGUGUUCCGUUUCAGUAGGAAAAACAUAAAUAUAUUUUAUUCAACACUAGCUGGUUUUGUCAAAAUCCAUUUUGGUUUUUCGUUAUAACCCAAUAAAAAAAAACUACAGCCUCAGAGCCUCUGAACUUUAUUCACUGGAUUUUGGUAUAAGGGUAUUCUAUUUGAAAGGAUAACCGAUAAAUCUCGUAUAAAUAUUUAACCGAUAAAACCGAAACCAAAACGAAUUCAGUGUCAUUUGUAGCCGCAUAAAUAAAUUUUUGAAUUAAGGCCACGCGUAAGGUUACGUCGUAAUUUUAUUACACACAUUUUUUAUCGGAUUAUAUAGCCAUUUAAUAAUAGGUUAAAUAAUGUUACGUUGUAUCAUUUUACGUAAUUUUAAGCAUUCAAACAAUUUACAAUUACAAAAUAGAUUGAACAAUUACCAAAACAAUAAUCUAUAAUAUAUUACUUACUCGUAUUGGCAUUAUUACAAAAAGUGUAUCAUAUGCUUACAGAAACUUCGUAUAACUUAUAUAUCUAUAUUAUACUUCUAAGAGGUUAUAGGAAUAAGGUUUUAAUAUUUAAUGUUUUACAUGUUUUAAAACGCAAUGAUUUGUACUAUUUUCGUAGUCAUUUUGAUUUUAAACACGUAUAUGUAAAAAAAAAACAACUACAUUACGCAAAAAUUGUGUUUCACUACCAAGCAACAACUUAUGAUAAAUCUCGUAUUAAAUUUUCAAGUAUUUUUUCUCGGCCAAACCAGUUUUAUCUAAAUAAAAACUAAAAAAUUAUCCGAAAUAUCUAUAAAAUUAUAGCUUAUGUAUCGCCAGAAUAAUUUGAAAAUUUUAUCAAAUUCAAUUUAAGGGUUUGUGAAAAUAUCAAGUAUUCAUGAUUAUUUUCAACCGAUUAACAACAAAAAUAUAGAAAAAUCGAAAAUAGUGAAACCAUUAUUGCCGUACAUUUUUUCAUUUUUCCUACACCGUUUUUCUCAUUAUUAAAAAAAACGGCAAAACUGCAAGAGCAAUGAAAAAAAUUACACUAUAAACUUAAAUAUGUAAUGACUAUAUAGUACGAGAUAUAGUAUGUAUAGCUCGACUUGAACAUNGCGUUAGGCACUUAGUUUUAAAAUAUUUUACAAUAGGUACGAAGUGGACUAAUUAUAAUUCCUAUCGUCUUUGUUUUCGUACCUAACCAAACCAUGUUGAUUUUUGAACGUCAAAUUUUGAGCUAUCAUAAUAAUAAUAUUACUAUUAUUGUAUCAUCAUCGUAUUUAUUUUCGCUAAUUAUUUAUUGUCGAAAAAUCGAGACCAUCUUUAAAAUCGAAUAUAACCGGUUUUUUUUUCAACAGCGAUGUCGGUGAAUUAUCGGGUACGGACCCGCAAAUCGGGGAACCUUCUUACCGGUUUCGGGUGAAUCUACUAGUUUGGUUCAUAAAAUGUGGCUAUUUGAUUUUAUUGUUUGAUUAUUUUACACAUUGAUGAACCCAACUAAUAAAAUAAAUAUAUAUUAUUUCGUGUAUUAGUAUUAAAUGUACAAAACAAAAAUUAUUUUCACUCGUUUAAAAAUCGUUGUAUAGCAAAUAAUGUGUAUUCUCUCCGUCAAAUCGUGAGUAUCGAUAGUGCGGUAUAUAGUCACUGUACAGUACAGUGUAAUAAACUGAAAUUAAUAACCGCCAUCCGUUCGAGUGCACGGACGACCGAUUUGUGCGAAAACUUCGGUUUGCGACGUUGCCGUGACGUUUACCGCCGAAGUGUACCUAUUUUAGGUUUUGGAUAUCGCGCGUAUCGGCGUCCCUUCGCUCGCACACCUAUUGCGCCGUCCCGGAUCAGUGGCGGUGGCGGAAACGUGACGACAAUAUUAUUAUUUCAAACGUCAUAUUAUUUUCGUACGUCAUUUGUCGGGAAGUCGGCCAAAAAAUACAUUUUCUCGGCCGUCCCCAACGUCCCACCACCCUCCUACUCACGUACACCCCCAGCCGAUUAGAACGGUAAUAGUCAAUUAAAAAAAAAAUUUAUUUUAAAAAAGAUAUGAUUUACGUGCGGCCGGACACGCGUUUUAUAUGGCCUUGACGCCGUGGAUGAUAUAAAUUAUAAUAACAUUAUAUUAUGGUGUAGUUGGCCUAACUGGGGACCACACGGGAAUUCGGAAAUAUUUUCGGGAAGGAAAAGUAUACGUCUCCUUCGUGUAAAGCGGAAUUAAUCGGAACAAUUAUAUAUAAUAUAAUUAAUAUAUUGUUGUAAGGAAUUCCUAUGCGGAAUAUUUUUAUUUUUAUUUAGGGACGGGGGCUCAAGUCUAUAUAACACUGAUUAUUUAUACUUAAUAUUUACUAAACAGACUUAUUUACAGACUUGAUUCGGGGGGGGGUCUUGGUUGCGUAUUAAGGAGACUAAGCUCUAGACCUCUAGAUGUGCGCCUAUGAUACAAGUAUUAUGAUUAUUAUUAUUAGAUAUAUAGUACAGGUUAAAAUUAUGCUUUUCUUCUUUUCCAUUGCUUUCGUCUUCAUCCCAGCAAUUUGGGGUCAGUAAUCCUCGUUACAAACUAUGGAAAUUUGGUAGAAAUGUCGAAUGAUACGAGGGGAGGAUAACCUCUUAUUCAUAUAAAAUCAAAACAACUAUAAAAGACAAAUUUUUCUAAAUUACUAUAAUUAUAACAGGAAUAUCAAUAUUUUGGAUAUUCACUAAAUAAUUCUGAUAUUGUUAUUACCUUCUUUUAUUUAUUUAUUGUUUAUAUUGUACACUAUAUUUUCAUAAGUCAUACAUUUUCGCAAAUUGUGAUAUAAGUGUGAUAUAGUAGAUACUUCGAAACGGGGUUCUUUUUAAAAAUAACAUUUUGCGAUGCUUAACGAUUUAUUAUAACCACAGAGAAACAAAAAUUUUAUAUAUUUUCGGUGAAAAAUGUGUUUUUUUUAUUUUUAACUAAUUAGAUUUUUUUUUAUCGUUUCAGGAUACCAGGACGCACGUAGUCGUCGAGCUUUACGACACAGAACGUUCGUACGUAGAAUCGCUUCACACGCUAGUGAACGUAAGUAUAUUUACUGUAACAUUAUUUGUUUAAUAAUAUCACAUCUGUGUAUUGCACAUUUUAUAUUUUUUUUCGUGAAUUGUAGACAGGAGGGGGAAGGGACUACGUGGGUAUUACUUCCCCAAAAUUGCGCUUGAAGUCUGGAAACCUAACCCAACCUAAAUCUAUUCAACUGCAUUUAUUUGACGGCCAUAAAAUAAAUUUCCACAUGAUUUAAUAACGAAAAAUUACGGUCGUAGUAAAAUUACAUUUCUAAUACAAAAACACGUAGUCAUUCGUUUUCACAAUCUUCAUUAACUCUACAUUUAUACAUUUUAAUCCGUUGUAUUCAAGUAGAUAUAUCUGUGACGUGAGUCUCGCGUCGGUAUGUCCGUUAGUAAAAAAAAAAAUAAAUGAUAAAUGUUAAGUUCAAAAAUAUAUUCAAAUCUUAAACGUUGUACUUAAAAACGAGCUGAAUAAUAAUUAUACUUUUAAAUCGUCUCGUUAGUUUAUUAUGUACUAGAAUAAAAUUGGUGUUAUAUAUAUGAAUAUGAAUUAUAUAAAUAAAUUGUUCGCUAUGAUGAUAACAAAUGUUUAAACGAGAAAUUUCGAUUUUAAUUUCAAUGUCGCUGAAUAUAUUAUCUCGCAAUUUUGUUUUUUAUUAUAAUUUAAAACAAUUUUGAAAAUAAUAUUGCGCUCCAUCGACCCUCAUUCUUGUUGCAAGAAGAGUUUUAAAUAUUAAAAUGAUAUUUACUGUAAUCCUUUCCUUCUGCAGCAGCCGUUAUAUAAUACGACUAUUCUUUUUCAGUUUUAUUUUUUUGUUAUUUCCACGUAUCCGAUGGCAUUCGUUUUUAUGACACGCGAUUGCUUCUUAUUAUUUUUUUAAAGGACAUACUGCUGGAAUUUUACAUUAUAAUUCCCCCGAGACAAGAGAACUUUUUAAAGAGUUCAACGUUUGGUUUAUAUUAUAUUAUGUACGCAAAUAAUUUAAUAAAAGUUCUUUCACGUAUAUUGACUUUAAAGUUCGCGAAGAGUUUUUAUAGAGUAAACUUAUACUUACAAGUACGUCUAUACUGAUUUUUGUUUAGUGUAAAAUCAUUUUAUACAAUAAAUAUACGAGAGAUACACCGUAAUAAAUAUUAUCAUACUCGUACACAAUUUUGGAGUAUUAUUUUAUUUUAUAGGAUUUUUUUUCCAAAUUUAUGUUCCUAUAAUAAAUUAUAAUACGGUAUAUAUUAUUGUAUAAACGUUUGAGAUCCCCAACCACAUUCUUUUUGUUUUUCGGAUCAGAGAACAAAACAUUCCCUUGAUAAUAUAUUGAAUACAUUACAUUUAUAUUUAAAUGUUUUAUUAGAUAAAUAUACUGAACGAUACCACUUUCACGGGUGGGUUACGAUUAUGUACGUUCUACCUACCCAAAUUUGGUGCUACGUUGCCGUUGUUCACAAACAUGAAAUUUAUGAAAAAAUUGUAAACUAACUUAUUUUAGGAAAACCUUUUAUUAGUUCGAUAUGAAAUUUUUCUAUUAUUUUCACUAUUAUUAUUCAAACUGAAGAUAUUCCAAGUAUAAACCAUGUGGUACAACUAUACAACAAAUUUAAAAUAGAUGGUAAUGUAUUACAUUUUCUUUUUUUUUACCAGAGACUAAUUAUCGACACUUAGGUUUUAGAUUAUAAUUUAUUAAUGAUACAAUAUUGUUUUAAUUAUAUUAUUUCAAUAGUACUUGAUAAUAUAUUAAAAUAAUUUUUCAUUAAUUCGCACAUUAAUUUGCACACAAUUUUUACUUAACAGUUAAUUUACUAUAAUUAAAUAGCCACUAAAUAUUGCUAUGUUAUUUGUUCACAUAAAAGUUGUGCGCAUAGUAAAUAAACUAAGUUGUGCAUGUUGGUAACGUCACAAUCAUUUUCGUACGCAACAGUAAGGUUUUUAAGGGUGAGGUACAUAAAUCGUAUGCAGUCGUACAAACUCAAUCAAGCUACUAAAAGGUUUCAUGUGUCAUACAAAAAUUAAUAAAACAUAAACUUUAAAUCACGUCUAAUAAAAUUCAUAUUCAAUAUUGAAUCCAUAUCAAAUAAAUCUAAAAAUGGAUAAAUUUAAAAAAUAUAGUUUUAAAAUAAUAAAACUAUAAUUGAAUUUUGAAGAAAUAAAAUUAACAUUCAAAAAUGUAAUGUAAAGCUUACAAUAUUACUGUACCAAGUACUUUUAAUUUUUUUUUUACAUUUAUCCUUCUCGUCAAGGCGCUAAUUAUCUCUGAUAGUAUUGACUUUUUUAUGGAAUUCGCAAUAUAGUUUCUAUUUUCAGAGAAAACUCGAAAAUUACAAGGAAAAUAAAAAACGGCUUCUUUAAUGCACCAAAUAUAUAAAAAAAUGCAACAAGAAUGUUUCUAUAAAAGUUUUAACUGAACAAAAAGAAAAAAAACACAUCGUAGUAAAACCAAUAUAUUGCUCGCUUCAUCCAAAAUCUUAAAUAUAAUGUUUUUAAGUAAAAAAUAAUAUUUUGAAAAAAAAUCUAUCAUAUUGUAUCUAAUAAUAUGAAACGAAAAUGUGAGUAUUUUUCUUAUGGAUUCACAUAAAUGACAAAUUUCGUCUGCUAUUUUUCAUAUUUUAAUGUAAACGAGAUUUAUGAAAAAUACAAAAUAAAUCAUUAUAUUAAGCAUAAUAUAAGCAAUAUAAUAUAGCACCAAAAAAUGAAAAAUCGCACUCAAAAUCUAAAAUAAUUAAAAUAUCCAAAAAAUAACAUUAUUAAAUUUCAUAUUUGGAGUCCCUGGUGCACAACACAAUUAUAUAGCUCACUCUGUUAUUUUUAUCUAUAUCCUAUAAUAAUAAUUAGCAAAUGCUAUAAAAUCCGAGCCCUGAAAAGACAAAAAAUUAAGAACACAACUCGAAGCCGCCGUGGAUUAAAAUGCGGAUUUAUAGUCUGUUUGGUUUGUUAUUAAUUUAUUAACGAUAAUUAAUAUUUUUGGGAUUCGAUAUCGCGGUUUCAGUCAACGAUUAGUGUGUUGACAGCGGAUUAUAGCGUCAACAGUAUUAUGCUCUUGUAAAGAAUUUAAAAAAGUCUCCACGUAUGGAUUUAUAAACACUGAACGUAGGGAGGAAUGUAUCGGUUUUACUAUGAAAUGCGAUAAUUUUUGUCAUAAUAAUAUCAUGUAUAGCACUUUUGUAACAUGUAUGGAAAAACCGGGCAACAAUACCAAUAUCGACACGCAAUUGGUUUUCGAUAAAGCCGCGUAGCGUAUAGCGUCAAAGUAUCUGAAAUUUCGGACAUCCGAUUGUAUUAUUAUAAGUGACGGAUAGACGGAGGUCCAACAAUAUAAUACUAUUUUAGAAUCAUUUUUCGAUUUAAUUAAUUAUUAUAAUUGUUAUUUUUUUUAAAAUUUUUUUUUUUUUUUUGUUGAUUCUGAUUAUUCUCGGAUCGGCCAGUGAUAGAUUAUAAUAUAAGCCCGAAAUAAAAUAUACGCGAUUUACGACCACCGAAUCGCUGAUGCGAUACAAACGCACACCGCCGCCACCGCCGUUUUCAAUCCUCUUAAAACGAUAAAUUAUUUAGGUAUAUGCGUGUAAGUACCUAUAUAUCUAUUAUGUUAACGCGUUUUAUACUCGCAUAGGUAUAUAAUGUUAUGUUAUUUCAAUGCAUUUUUACGACUACCGCGUGUCGUAUAAAUAGGUGCUCGGAUACGAAGGCGUCGGUCGUUAAACACUCGGCGGUAUAGUACACGAAUUUCGUUUAUGCGACGAUGACGAACGGAAAUGGCGUCGAAUAAAUUAUACGUUGUCGCGAUUGUCGGCACGACGGCGACGAGAGAGAAAGGUCCCCCGGUGGAAUUAUCGCGGACAUUUUCUAUGAUAAUAACGUGUGUUUUUUAUUGUCCGUCCGCUAUAACCGCUUUUCUACCGAUAAUAAUAUUGUUGUUCCGAUCGAAAACGUCGAGCUAUUUUGGAGCACAUUCUGUUCAAAUAAUACAUUGAGGCGGUAUACUUUUUUUUUGCCUUGUAGUUUUCUUUAUAAUUGGGAAAACGCCCCGGCAAGACAGCUCAAACUGAAAACUGAGCAUAAUAUUUAGUGGGAAUAACGGUUGUAUGCCUUCACAUCGACUUGAAAAUACAACAACCAUGAGUAUUUAUCUGGUAAUUUUAUCUUAAAGUUAUACAUUUUAGCCAAGUUAGUUACUAGGAAAAACGCUCGAUUUAUUGAAUACAAAAAAAAAAAAAAAAAAAAAAUAAAAAAUAAAACUGUAUAUAAUACUAUAAUACACUUUUUGUAUAAUAGUUUAUUUAUAGUUUAUAUUAAACAUAGUGUGUAAAAACGAAAACUGGGUCAUAAUUAUUUUCGCGGGCUUAUAAAGUUAUAAUAGACCAGCGUACCUAUAUAAAUAUAUUAUUGAACGCGUAUACCCGUGUGGGGAUUAAAACAAAUCAGCUAUAUUAAAUCUUGCAGUAAUUUACUGCGAGUUAACAUAGAACAAGUGUCUAUGUGUUUUUGGACUUUUUGCUCGUCAUACAAAUUGUUGCGACAACAACCCUAUUGUCUGUACUAUAGACUCCAUAGGGUAAAACGUAUUGUUAUUAGUUUUACAUUUUCUCGGAGACGUGAUGGCUUAUAUUCCAGAUUAAAAUGCGAUGGCCUUUUUUUUUUUUACAGUCAUUAAAAAAAAUAAAAAACACGUACUCUAUUCAGUUUUUGUCGGGAAACGGUCGUGAUAAUCCGCGUUUAUAAUAUUAUUAUGCAAAAGCGUCUUUGUUUUUAUCGUCGUGUCGAAGUUUGUUUUUCCAACAUGUGUGAUCAUCGCUUGAACUGCAAAAGUGACUAUAUUAUGAAAAAUAUAUUUUACAAAACGCCGCUGAGCUGCACAGUAAGUGUUUCGUGCUUUUUAUCGUUAAUUUUAAAAACUUUCGAACAAAUGGCGGCGAUAUCGUCGUUUGAAUACUGGUCGGGAUUUCGUCUCCUCGGCACGCUAUUGCGAGAAAUCGCGGUAAAUUAUAUUAACUAAUUCCUUUUCGCUUCGUUAAUUCCGAAAUUUAUUUCCGACUAUCGUCUUUUACGUUAUUAUCAUACAUUAUUCAAAACGCGCACAUAAUAUUAUAAUAAUUUACAACGUAGCUACCCACAGUUUGUGAUGUCUGCGAUAUUCGUCUAUAAGUAUCCACGAUGAAGAUGAACGUCUAGCGGUAUUGUAGUAUAUUGUCGUCGUUAACGAAUUUCCGUUCGGCUCGUAAUAUAUAUAUAUAUAUAUAUAUAUAUAUAAACGUAUAUAUAUAUAAUACUAUAAUAUAUAUACGUUUUAGUAAAAAAAAAAAAUUAAAAAAUAAGUAUGUUUUAUGGUUAUUACCGGUGUAUAGGGCUAGGAUUUAUGAUCAUAUUUUUGCAUAUAUCUAUUUUAAAAUAAAAACGCGCGCAGUUAUUUCACAGUAUACAUUUAUUGUAUCUGUACUAUAAACGAAUAUUCUAUAUUUAUUACUUACUCGAUUUUUACGUCAUAUUAAAAUGAUACUAGUACGAUUUUAUGCAACUUAAGUUUUGAAAAACGUCUCACGUCAUAGGUAUUUCGUUAUGUAGUGCAGUAUAUCUACAGGACGUUACGCCUCAAAGAGGCAGGGAAUAGCUAUUCCCUAGGUAUGUUAGAGUUCGACUCCCACAAACCUUUCUCGAUUUUUCUCGUUUUUUAUUUUUUGUGUUUAGUCACUCCCAUCAUAAAGGUCCGAUUGAACUACUACGGGACUCUUGUUCAAAAUAUGGUGGGUAAUAUACGUGGGUGUUUAUUGGGAAUGUCUAAGGAAUGCCACUGAAUAAAUUCCUGUUUGGGACCAUAUGGGAAUGCUUCUGGUCAUCAUUUAGGCUUGUGCAAAUUAUAUUUUUUGAGAGUCAAUACAAUCCUGUUUUAGACUUCUGUUAAAGUCCUCUUGGAGUCUUGGUGCUAUUACAGUAGGUAAUAUAUAAGUAGUGAAUUUUGAACGCUAUUCUAGUAAAAUAACAAAAUACAAAUAUAUAUGACAAUAAUAGUAUGUUCCUAAUUUUCGAACCAUCGAUUGAUUUCAACUCUAAAAAAGUCUUGAAAUAAAUGUUCAGUUAUUCUUUAUAUUAUGUUUGUAUAUUACUUUUUGACGUCAAACAGUCCGAAUAUAAACAUAUAUGCGUAUAAUAUAAACGUAUAUGAUAAUAUAAUAUUAUCAUUACUGUUGUUCGAAAAAUAUAAAUUGACAUUUUUGUAAAUCAUCCUUUUCUCGUUAAGCUCAUAUGAAAUUUCAGACAUUUUUUCUUCAAAAAACAUAAUGACAUGUAUCUGACAUGUAAUAAAAAAUACAUUUUUACGUAUACAUCUUUUUGUGAAAAAAUCUUCAUCCGAAAUAUUGACUCGUGACUCUUUGCAAAUUCAUUUAGACAUAUAUAUUUAAAAAUAGAAUUUUAUAAAAUUUCAAUCGUAAACCGAGAAAAUUACAUAAUAUGAUUAUAAAUUUCCGAUAUUUUUCUCACGGUUAAUUGUAUUAUAUUUUUCUUAAAAUAUAUACAAAUAUGAGAUUAAAUUAAAUUCAAUGUUCAAUAAUUAUAUGUAUACAGUUAGUUUUCAAUAAUUAUUUACCGUAAAUAAAUAUAUAUACGUAUGUAUAUAUAUUUUUAUAUUGAAACUCGAUUAUAUACAGACUUUCUCAAUUUUACUACUUCUUGUAUGUACCUGAUAUUAAAAAUGUGUUCCUUCAUUCAGUGCAUAAUAGUUAACAAAUAUAAGAAAUAUAAUCAAAUUUGCUAUAUAUAUGUGCGAUAAUUUAAUUUAAAUCCUUCUUAUAACCCACACAAUAUUUGAUAAUAUAUAUUAUGUUAUAAUUGAUUUUUUUUUUUUUUAAUUCAAUCGACUAUAGUUAAUUUGUAAAUUAUUAUGACGUUUUGUAUUUGAUCAUUUAUUAUUUUUCUUACACUCCUUGAACUCCGGAAAAGGACAGGCUAGAAAAAUAUAACCCCCAAAAGGUCAAUAAAACGGGGUUUUCGGUAUUCUUGAAACGAAAAUAUAGUUAUUUGUGUUGAUUUUUGGAUUUCCUUGGUGACCGAAAUGUAUUGUAACGUAUUUUAUGUAUUUUUUUUAAGUAAUUGUGCUAUCCCUGUUGAGUAUUUUUAAUAAGAACAGUACGCCCGCGGUAUCGUUUCGCCCAGUCAGAUUAUAUUUUCAUCUUUAUGAUUACAAUGAUAACUUAUUGUUCGUUAGUGUUUUAGAAAAAAAAUAUUUUUAACGAUAAUAUUAAAGACAAUAAAUUAGGGAAAUUUAUUAUGAUGUAAUACGAUAUCCGCUAAUCUUCAGCAACACACGACAGACACGUUUCAUUACUUUUUUUUUUUUUUAAUUCGAUACUGCAGUACCUGGACAAAGCUGUGCGGAACGGCUAGUAUUUUAUAAAAUGAAAAUUGUUUUUUUUUUUUACUUAUUAUAGGCACACUAUAAUCGAUUUUUUAUAAAAUAUUAUAUAUUCGACUACGGUUCGACGAAAAAUUCAAUUUAUGUUUACAGAUAUAGCUGCAAUCCAAAUAAGUUUUUGUUUCUUUUCUUUUUUUACGAAUAUAACGUGUAUGGAUUGUAUUUUUUUUUUUUACCAACUGUAAAAUAUUAUUGGCUAUUUGUAUUAAAACAAAAAAUAAAAUUAUACAUAUUAAAAAAAAAAGGUAAUAUUUGAAAUUUUUACUAUGAGCGCGUUUCGAUAGAUUGCUUGAACGAUCCCCAAGUCAGCAGAAAAAACCGAAAUAUUAUUUUCCUAUAAUCCAUUCUUGUAAUUGUUAAAAUGCAAUAUUUAAAACUUUACAAAUGCCAUUGCAUUCAUCAUAAGGUAAUCAUACGUAUUUUAUAAAAUAAUGUAAAAAAAAAAAAAAAUUAAAUAUUUAAUAUUAUUAUUUUAAAGUAAUAUAAUACCUAUAUUGCGUACAAUUUAAAUAUUUUUUCAAAUUUUUUUCACCUAACCUAAAAUAUGAUCUGAAUUUCUAUAAUUUAUAUUGAUUGUAACUAUUGUGAAAUUUUAAAAAUUGUUUACAUCUAUUUUUUUGCAUUUCACCGAUUUUAAAAAUACCUAAUAUACUAUUUAAACUAUUACCUAUGUCAUAUAUUUCACUCCUCAUUGAUAUUUAAUAACCAAACGAUAACAUAUAAGAUUCAUGUUACCUUUAUUUUAUUCGUUUUGACUACAUUAGUUCAGUAGAAAUUCUUUCCAAGUUACUUUGCAGCCAAAAACUAAUAUAUAUGCAUGUAACUUAUUGUUUAGGCAAUAUUUUAUAAGGAAAAAAAACAGGCGGUGUCUUUAGAAAUAUAUUAUAUUCUCCCCAAUUUCAUCUUGAAUGAAACGAUUUAAAUUUCAUGUACCGUAAUAACUAUUGUGCUCGAGUGUGAUGUUCUGUUAAACGAUUCUAUGAGGUCUGAAAGGAAAAACAAAUUUACUCAAAAUUUUCGUAAGCCUGUAUAAUUCUUCUUUUUUUCGGCUCUGGGCCAAAAAAACCACUAAAUUAAAAUUGUUUUCACCGCAAUUUGUUUCCAUUGGUUUUGCAGCUCCACCGCCGUAAAUCUCCUUCAUUAACCCGUGUCUCCUUAAGAGCAUUUUUUCUAUGGGUUCUUAUUCGAACAACUGCCCAACUAAAUAAAUCAUUAUUUACGCCAGACGUGGCUCGCCCGCAUUAGUCUUCCUUAAGGCGAACUCACCAUCUAUAUCGGGCCUUCUAAACUGAAUUUAAGUUCAUCAUCACAUUGUAAUCUCCCCUAUUCAUUGGUUUGAACAUCAAUGAUCGGGUCAUAUAUUUUUCUAUCUCAAAAACCGUUAGUCUCAGUAGGUACAUUUCUCAGCGGUCACGUCUCUCAGAAUAUUAGGUAUAGUUUUAAAGGUGAUUAUCAUUAUUUUUUUCCUGUCUUCAGACCGUUUUAGUUUAUUACACUGGCGGUUAGUUUAGGUAGGUUAGGCAGGUGGAUAAGUUUCAUUACAUAUUCAAUUAAUCCUAAAUAAUGCAUGCAAGUUAUCCAUACACUUGUAUAUUAUUUAAAUAAUCAAUUUAUAUAACAUUAUAUUCGUAUAAGCAAAUUAAAUACACAUUCGACUACGGUUAAAAUAAACCUGUUCUGGUUACAAAAAAAAAAAAAAAAAAACCGUACCUAUAAUUAAAAACUUCGUCGUUUUAUUUCACUGUAUAUAUAUACGUGUGUAGGUAAUUAAAACUUUCUUGGUUUGUUUACCAUAAGUACAAAUAUUUUAACCGAAGUAUAGUCUCUUUUUUUUACUCGAAACGUUUUCUCGAACAGACAUUUUUCAUAAUAAUAGUUUUUUAUAUAAUAUUUUAAUGGAAUCACGUAUAUUCUCAGAAUACCUAUACCUAAGAGUUCACCGUACAAGCAAUUCGUCAAAUUUCCGGAUUUUCAGCAAGGGGUUUUGCCUAAAAAACUAAUAUGCUCGUUCGCUGUAUUUUCACGUACGGUUUGGAAGAAAAAAAUAAUCACAUUAUGUAUAUGCGUCUGAAUAAAUAUUCUAAGUCAGCGAGCAUUUAGAUUAGUCUCGUGCGUUUAAAAUAGCAAUUUAUUGAACUAUAAAUCGAAUUAUUGAUAACUCGAAUGGUCGGCCACCAAAUGAAAAAUCAACCGGAUUUAGGUUUUACUUUAUCUCUAGUUUGUAUAAGUUCUAACUGAUUAUAUUAUAUAGCGUCUACGGUAUGACUCACCUAUGGACAAUUAGAAUAUAAUUAAAUUGAUCGAGUAAUAAUAAUAAUAAAAAAAAAAAAAAAGUUCAUUAAUUUCUAUGGUUUUUAUCGCUGCACGCAUUAAGAAUAAAAAAUGUAAAGAAGUUGUUUUACGAAUUUUACCUAACAAAAUAUGGUUUUAAAACAACGUUAAAGCUCUUGGGAUAUUAAUGGAAUAUUACUUCCGGUUUACGAACUCGUUCUAACUAAAAAGUGUAUUAUAAGUAAUAACUCGCUGGAAAAUUUUCCAACAACACAUUUUUCGUAUUUAUUAUUAUUAUUAUUAUUUUCUUUUUGUUUAAGGAAGACCCACUUAUAAUAACGACGGAUAUAUAAUAUAGAAAGUGGAAACUUAUACCAGAAGUCAACUUAUAUCGCACCGAUCUCGGUUUUAUACCUAGCAAUCAUAAUGAAAUGCUAAAAUAAUAUAUAUUCUCAUAAUAUACAAGAAGUGAUAUUAUUGUAUCGACAGAUUCACGAAAAUGUCAAGUGAAUUUGAUUUUGGCUUGUAUGGAAUCGUUUAAUAAUCCGCGUACAGUAUUGUGUGCAGCGGUCCAAUUAGUCGACCAUUUACGGUGGUUCCGUGACAGAGUAUUAGGACUCACGUUAUAUUCGACGCAAUACUACGGAUUUGACGCUAAAUAAUUAAAAUUUAGUCAAUAAUUAAUGUUUAAGAUUUAUGAAUCGUUCGCACGAUUGUAUGCAUUUCGUAGUCACAGCUACGUCAGAUAAUAAUGCCAGUAUGUAUGCGCUCAUUCCAUCGCAGGAUCGGUCUAGACGUCUAUAUCGAAAUCGUUAUUCGAUAAUUCGAAGACGUUGUAUUAUAUUAUAUAGGUAUUAGAUAUAAACGAUAAGGCCGAGUCGUCGACUUGGACCGGUCCCCGAAUGAAAACGUAGCGUAGUAUGUAUAGGUACACGAGUUUGCCCUCAUUCGUGUGAUAUAUAGGUUAAAAAAAGACAAUUUUUUUUUUUUAUGAUAGUAUUGCAGCACAAAGAUUUACAAAUUGUAUUAUUCACAACGAAUCGAUAAUUUAUUCUAUAUUGGAGAAGAGUGAACUGAUCUUAACACGAAGGCCAACAGUAAAAGAUAUUUCAGUAUAAAUGCUUAAAAAUAUUUGAUCAAAUUUAUUGAUUAGACGUUUGGUAAGAGUCAAGAGAUCUCUGCGGUGUAAGUUUUGAGAGUUGGACUUUUCUGUAAAUAAUGAUGUACGUAAUAUAAUUCGUGUACAUUUAUGACUAUAAAUAUUCGAUUGAAAAUUCUGAGUUGAUUUUUCUGUUCAACGUUUCGUAUUACACCUACAUCACAUACACACAUAUCGCCUUUAUAGUUUCUACUAAAAAACAACUACGAGAGCAGUUUUUUUUUUCGUCUCCGUCGAUACAAUUUAUGGACAAGACGACAACGUCCAUUUUAUGCGAUUUUCUCGUUUUGCAAUCAAUUAUUAUUACUGUCAUCCUCGUAAGUAAUAUUAUUACGAACGUAUAUCGUUUAUAGAACAUUUUGAUUUCGCGCCACUGCCUUGUUUACUUUUGAUUGUUAUUGGGAAUUUUUUUUUGUCAUCCCAAAGAUACUCUCGUUUAUACGUUCACGUAUUCUGGCGGCUGGUUUUUUUUCCUUUCCGCCAUUUCAUAUCCGACGUCCCCGUCCGUCUCGUAAUCGCGAUCACGCGGAAGACGAUAUUUUUUAUUUAUUUAUUUUUUUUUUUUUUAUUGCCGUGUACAAUAAUUUUUCUUCUUUUUCCUGUUAUGUGAAAACCGUCGUCGUUGGAGGCCAUAAAAUCGUCAACGGCCGCCAAGCGUGCAACAACAACCCGACGACAAACCAUCCGGACGUAUUUCAGAUUCCGAGUAGAGCGACCGAGGAAACUGUCUUUUUUUUUUUUUUAAUACAUUUCUUUUGGUUUUUUUUUUCUGAUAUCCACGCACUCUCGUAAAACCUACGGUCGCGACGAUAUUAUUAUUAUUAUUAUUAUUAUCGUAGUCGUCGCCACUCGCCGUAAUAAUAAUAAUAAUAAUAAUUAUUAUUAUUAUUAUAAUCGCAUGGCGCCUGCUGACCGUCACCGCCGGGUCCCGUCUAUUUCUAGAGCUCUGCCAUCGCCGCGUGUCAUCCUCUUGCGAUAAUAUUGCUCGUACUUGCCGACCUUGCUUUUGCGCGAUACGCACCGCAGCUAUUACGACUCGUCGCUGGCCCGGUAUAAAUAUAAAUAUUCAAAAUCGGACUGGUGCGAUCAAUCUCCCCUGCCGCUGCCGGUGCGUGUGUUUGUUCGAGAAAACGUGUUUCGCUGCCCGAUGUUAUAAUAAUAUUAUUCGCGACGGAGUUGCGAAAACGACCGCGCCACAACUCCGACGGGCCGCUGAAAAUUCAAAAACAGUCGAGUACGCAUUGUGCAGUUCGAAUACCGAACGCAUCACCGUCAAGCGCAAUGUCCAGCGAAGAUCGUUGUUCAACAGGUUACUCCCGGCCCUUAAAAUUGUUUAUUAAAGGGCGGGGAAAAAAGCUGGUCACGGAAAUAAAAUAAAACUCUUAGACUCGUAGAUCGCGAUCUAAGAUAGAUGUCGUCGGACUUGCCGCGUGUCCGGUGUUCGAAAUGUCAGAUCUCUCGGUGCUAAUGCUAAAGAUGUCACGUUAUCGAUUAAAAAAGUACUACGUAUAGGAAUUAAACGAAGAAUAAAUAACUUUCCGAAUUGACCGAUGCAACCAAAAGUUCUACCUACAGAAUCGAUGAUUGGAGAAAAUCGUCUCAUCGACCCACGAAAAAAGAAAAAAAAAAGAAAAAACGAAACACAUUAUCGGUUCAAAAUCUAUCAGCGACUCGCAUAAAUAUUUUUGUCUAGUUUAUGUCGUCGGUCGAAACUAAAAUCAAUACUAUUAACGUUUCGUGUAUGGAAGAUGCAUAAUAAAUACUCGUUUCCGCUUAAUUUUCUAUUGAAAAUUCCGUUUUGAUCUUACUUAAGGAAUAUUGUUAAAAACACGAGUACCCAUAAGUUCGACCAAUGCGGUCUUGCCCGGUGUUCACGGUCUAACGCACCGGAAUAAGAUAUUAUAUACGCGAAUCCAAAACCACGCCAACUCAAUUAUUCCAGUUCACUACUUGCUGUUAAAUCUUCCAUUUAAUCUAGCUGAUGUGUGCGUGUAAAAAUUUAUUUGCACUAUACGUAUAUCGAUUGAUAACAAGUCGAGCGUCUUCUCCUUGCCUUAUGUAUAUAAAAGCGAAUUCUUUUCGAGUUUUUCCACCGGGUCGUUUUCCGCCACAGUUGACGUCACGUUUCGUUUAUUUCAUUAAAAAAAAAAAAAAUAACCUCGAGAUAACGAUUUAAAAAUAAUAAUAAUACUCGGUUUAUAAUAUUAUAAAAUAUAUAUAAUCGGUAAUUUAACACUAAAAACACGUGCAUUAUAUACUGCCUACCUAUAUAAAUUUAGACACGAUGCGCAUUAGAUACAUUUAAAUAAAUAAAAAAUGGUUAGUAAUUAAAAUAAAGUUUCAACCGCCUACAAGUAUUUCCAUUGCCCUUAGGUAAUUUAUUAAGUAUAAUCUCAUAAAAUAAUAAAAAAAGAAAAGUGAUUAUAGCUAAAUAUAUAACUCACAACAAGUUACGUAGAUUUAUGUUUUCACAAAAAAUCCUUACACUUUUGGUAUUUGUGUCCAAUGUCCUGUUGGAGUUCCUUGAUAAAGGUAACAGUGGCAAUUAUAGAAAAACUACGGACUCUUGACGAAACGGACAAUUUGAAUUGAAUUUGAAUUCGAAUUGAAUCGCAUACGUACCUACAUGGUGUUCCGUUUUAGACCGCAGUUUUGUAUUGUAGUAUUAUAUUUUUUUGUUUGUCUUGGGUUAAGAUUAAUUUAUUCGUGAAUAUUGUUUUUAACAAGAAUAGAAAAAAAAAUAUGAAUAAAAAUCCGAAUUUUAAAUUUAUAUAUUUCGUUAUAAAUUAGUCAAUUAAAAAAUUGGAUAAAAAAAACCUUUUGCAUUCAAUAAGUAUUCAAUUUUAUCUUAUUUAGUGUUUGAAAUUUGUCAGUUCUUAUGGUGGGGUCUAAACGUCGAUUUAGGGAUAGUUUAGCUCUACUCCAUACUUUCGAUAUUUGCGACCUUGUCCAUCAUCAAUUAAAUUCAAAUCGAGAUAAACAUGAAUAUCUGUAAUGCAUUUAGUUACACAACAAUAAUCUACGAUAAUUCAGUUUUCAUAAAAAAAAAACCUUGCCGUUUUUCUCGUGAUGACGUUAUAUUUGCAGCGGAGGUACGUCACGUCGCGUUUAAAUAAAUAAUAUUCUCAUUUCUCGGUUUCGAACGUCUUAUACUAUUUUAUUAUUAUUAUAUCUCGACUUGCCCGUAGUAGUAUUUUUUUUACGACGACUGGUAUAAUUACAUUUUCUUAGCUGUGUGCGUACGACGAACGACAGUAAAAACUUACUUACUGUCGGUUGAGUCAUUUCCAAAAUGUAAAUUAAACGUUGACUUGACUGCUUUUAUCGUAUCGUAAACGUAUAUAUAAUAUUGAAAUGAUUUAAAACCAUCAACACAAAUAAUUCGUAACAUUCUUAUUGUCGUCGUUACUCGAUUAUUUAAGUCUAGUUUAUUACGAAACUAUAAAGCGAGGAAAAUCAAGGUUUCAUGAUCAAAUUUUCAGUAGAGUUCUCAACUUUCUAUUAUAUAGAGGCAUAACACCUAGCACAGGCGCAACAGUAUAAUAUCCGAGUAUUAAUUAUCGAUUGAAUUGAAUUGAUGUUAGAUUUAUUUUUGUAUUGAAUUGUUAACGGUUUUAUAACGAACGUACAUGAUAUUAUUACGACCAAUGGUGUUUUGGAGGAUACACGGGGAUAUACGGCGUAUACCUAUUUACCAUUUGGUGAAUUAGCGUACACUCUGUAAAUACAGUACAAAUACGCACGUAUAUCUCCCAGUGUUUUAUGCACAGCAUGACGUUUACAAAUUAAAUAAUGAGAGUAUACUCGAGAGAUUUUUUUUUUUUUACGAAACCAACACUGAUUACGACUAAUUGGUUUAUAUAUGGUGGAUCUGAAACGCAACCACCGAGAAAAGUCGAAAAACUGAGAUUAGCGGUUUUCGAGAAAAAAGUUACCAGACAAAUACACUUCCCGAUCUUUGAUGUCCAAAUGAACGAACGGAGCUGAUUAAUUAUAACGAUGAACUUAAAAUUCAACUUCAAAAGCCCGAUGUUUAUAUAAUUAUAUAGAGAUCGUCAUAAGAUAAUACUGAUGUGGGUCUGACGUGUAGGUGUAACGUUUUUAGUUAAAAUCAAGAUGAUCAAAUAAAAUUCUAUGCUAACGACCCCACAAUACCAAGCCAAAAAAUGAAAAUUUAAAAGCCAUGUUCACAAAAGCUAAUUUAUAUCGAAUAAAUACAUUUUUUUUCCGUGUAACUUGGCAGUAAAUAUAGUUUCAAGAUACAAUUACUAAAUAAACAUUAUAACAGUUGUCCCCUAAGCACACCACUGAGUUGGAAACCCGGUGGGGAGAAUAGCCGUAGAGAACAAGUAGGAUAGACAUUAUGGUCUUAAGAGCCAAAACUAUGCGGAAGAAGACGAACAAUUUAACAGUUUUAUAAUGGAAAAAAAACCUAUACCUAUUGAUUUCGUUCGUAUAACAAUCGCUUUGCGUGAAAAAAACGAUAUUAUAUAAUAUAACUAUAAAGAAUAUAAUCGAUAGAAUUCGUGAAAAAAAAUCCCGACUAAUUGUGUAAACAUAAUUUGCAUUCCUUAUUAUAUUAAAUUCAAGUAUUUAUACUUAAUAAAGCCGAUAUAAUUAUAAAAAUUAAAAUAAUUAAAUCGUGUAAAACGAAACAAUAUAAAUGCAUGUUGCACAACUCGUACAUAAUAUAUUACAACGCGAUGUGAUACAACAAAAAACGAAUCUUUAAAACUGAUACGACAUGUUUUUUAACGUAUUAUUAUACGUUAAAUUUAUAUUAUAAAAUAUACGUAAUUGAUGCAACGAUUAAAUAGUUGUUUUUUAUUCAAAAAUUAACAAUUAUUGUUAUAUUAUUUAAAACAAAUUAUAUAUUAUUACGUUAAUGAUGUGAAUAGUAGGUCACGUGAGUCGUGACGAUAAAAAACAAUAAUAGUUAUUUAAAACGAUUCUUCUUUUAAUCUUAAUUUACCCUAAUUUUUUAACCUCGAUAAAAUACGUUAUUCGUAUAUGCGCAAGCGUCCGUUGAAUGCGCGAUAUCGGUUUUUUUUAACAAAAGAAACCGACAUAAAAGCGUCUGCGCUCGGCCUGCAAGUCUUUAUAGUAUAUUAUUGUAAUCAUCCGUUAUUUUAAAGUCAGAUAAUAAUAAUAAUAUGACGAUGCCCUUCGACGGUGACAUUUUUUUUUCAUUCGUUACAACGUAUUAAAAAUGUCUCCGCGUAAAAUUGUAAUGCGCAUUCGUAAAUUGUUUUUAUUAAAUUUAAAUGUCCACACCGGACUAUAGUAUAAUCGUGCUCAAUGCAUAGACUGAUAUUUUGAAUACAUUUCUAACGUCCAAAGUAUUAUUGUAUUAUACAAUAGAGUGAUUAUUACUAUUUUUUUUUUUUUUUUUUUAUUACGAUCCAACGUUUUCCUCUGAGGAUUUUAACUUUUACGUGUGAAUUCAAUUCCUGAUGUUCCUAACAAUAUUUUCAGUAUUUUUAUACCAUUAAACGAGAAAUAACUUUUGAUUUUCAAAUUGCUCGAUCCCUCCAUUUCCACGCAGAUUCGCAAAAAAAAUAAAUAUUUUUCUCACAAAUUUCGAUUUGCACGAUGUUGGAUAUACGGCCGUUAUAAAUUAUAAUAGUUUAAAAUUUAGACCAGAGGAGUAGAGAAAACUAUAGUUAAUUGAGUAUAGAUUUUAAACGAUAACACUUCCCAAAUCUUUCUGUUUAAAUUUCAAACUGUUAUUGCGAUUCAUAAACGGCGAUUCCAAUACCGGUGUUUUAUCGGAAUCUGUUGAAAAAUAAUCUCUUUUAGAAUCUGGUUGAAAAAGGUUGGGCGUAGUUAUUUAAAAUUUAAAAGUUGAUGUGUGUAUGACUUAUGGAAUUAUUUUCUCGUAAAAUUAAAAAAAAAUGUAAAUACGAUUAUUAAACGGAUUGUAUCGAGGAAAAAAAAUCAAAAUUAAUUAUACUCAAAAUCUUUGUAGAUAAUCGCUGGAUUGUAAGAAUAAUAAAAAAAAUCACCCCGUUUAUUCAACAUAAUCAUAAUAUAGUAUAGUUUUUUCAUUUAUCACUAACCAAACGAAAAUUUACUCAAAAUCUUCGUUGUCACCAGUUUCAACAGUUUCACCAGUUUGUGGUAAAGUAAUCACCUUAGAAUAUUUAUUUAAUCAGUAUUAAUUAAUUUUAUAUUUUUUGACUAAUUGUCCGUAUAAAUUUGGAAAUGGUAAUUUAAUCAGUUUAGUUAUCAUCUCUAUAAUACUCAAUGUAACACUAUGUAUAAUCGCGUAAUAAUAUUUGUGUAUUCUAACGUUAUAAAGUAUUUUAUUGUUAUAAAUCACGACGUUUAGACACCGAUAUUGUAACACGCGUAUACAAACGAGAUGAAAAAUAAUAUAAACUGUAUCGUCUCGUUAAACUGUUGAUAAUUAUUGUACGCAAUUUUGAGUCAUUUUCUAAAAUUAUAAAAGAACACUGCAAGUACUACACUAUAAGUUAAAUAUAAAAGUUAAAAACAUAUCAGUUUAAAAAUUAUCAUUUAUAAUAUACCUCAGUAUAAUGUCUUCUUCGCGUUCCAAAAAUAAAAUUUAAGUUUAAAAAUAUACACUCGUUUAUUUUAGAGCUGUUUUAAAAGUAAUUUAAAAUGUGUUUAAACUCUUUUUGACAAUCUGUGUUUUCGUGCAAAUUAAUUUUACAUUAUUUCCCCCUUGAAAUUUGCAAACAUCAAUUUUUACAAUUGUUCUCCGCCUUUAACUAUGGCAUUAAACAUUCAUUUGACUGCUGAUGAAUUAAAAAUCACGAUUAACACAAAACUCGUGUUUUUGUGUUCUAAACAGAUUGAAAUAUUUGUUUGUACAAUGUUAAAAGUAGGUAAAUUUACUAGUAUUAAUAUAAUAAUUGUUAUAGUGCGCGUGUAAUAUUAACACAGUACCUGCAAGUCUAAAAUUCAAUGCUUUUACACAUUCGCGUUUGUCAUUUGGCACAUUUAGUUGCAAUAGGUUAUUAUAAUUUUUUUAAAUUUAUCACUCGUAUAAAUAAAUAUUUAAAAAAAACCGCAUGAAUAGCAGAACUUCGUCAUAAGAUAAAUUUUUCCCCGGCUAACUUGUUACCGUAACAAUAUUUCAUAUAUUUUUUUUUUUUAAUAAAAAUAAUUGAACAAAAUUUUUUUUAUCGAAAUUGGUAAAAUAGUUCUCUAGAUAUAUGCUAACAUACAAACAGAUGGUGGGGUUAAGAGUUGAACAUUUAAAUCUAUCAAUUUAACCAAGUUAAAUACUUCCAAAAGCCUGUAAGGGUAUUCAGAACUCGCUAUUUCCUGGUAAAAUAUGACAUCUGUGCAUGAAAAUGGUUGAGGAGGGGAUUGAAAGUUGAAAGCGCCAAGAGGCACAUUCUUAAUACCUAUAUUCAAAAUUUCAUCUCCCUGUACUCGUUUAAUCUGAAGGGGUGUGCAAAUGUAAAAAACAGUAUUUUCCCAUAAUAACAUGGUGAAUUUUAAAUUGAAAUACAACCAAAAUGUUAUCAAUUCAAUACACUUAUACAAAUAAUAAAAAAAAACUAUUACUCCCGAGUUUGAACUCUUUCGGUCCAGAAAAUAAACUCCUUAAUGCGCCGCAACUAGACAAAAAAAUGCUCCAAAAAAGUUUUUGAUUACAGCAAGAUUUCUGGUAGAAAAGAUAUACAGACAUACACCCCCCCCAUCCCUAGAAAAAAAAAAACAUUCCCAACAUUAAAAUCAUCUUAAUCCAUACUCGAAAUGAGAAUUUCUAAAAUACAAUAUUGUUAUAUUAUUAUUUUUUAAAAUCAAUCGUUGAUUUCCAGGCGAGUACAAUUUGCAAUUAUUUUCGGAAGUUGUCGUUCGUAAAAUUAAAAAUCGAUCGAUCGAGUAGGUACUCGUAAGUGUUAAAAGUAUCCAUGUAAAAUAUUUGGGACAGUUUAUGGAGGUGUGUCAAUAUAAAAUGGAAACUUUCCAGAACUAUCUAAUUAAAUACUGACAAAAACUUUGGACGUUAUAAUAAUUAUAGAGUGAAUUUACCUGUACGAGUAAUUGUAGUCGUUACGAUUACAUAAUUUACAAAAACGAUACGGAAAUCAAAAAUUUGAGUUUCAUCUAUUUAUUGUCUGUUCGUUUAUAAUAAUAUUAAUUAUAUAAUAUUAUACGAAUUUUUUUUUUUUUUUUACUCCCGUCGUCGAUGAAUGGAAUCGAUUCCGGUGCCAGCAAAACGAUCUACACGCACCGCAUUACAUUUCCUCGUGGCGUAGAGGUGCCAAAUGUUUUUCGGAUGAUUCAGUCCGAUUUCUGGCACCGACUUGCAGCAGUAUCAAGAGUGAAUAACCCACGACACGACGCUUUGUGCGCGCCAACGGGUUCUCCACCGUCGCCGCCGCCGGAAUAUUAGUGUCCAUGACUUACAAACGGAAUAUUGUCCGAUCAGAUAUAAUAAUAAUAAUAAAAAAAACCGAAAGCUUUAACAUGUGGACGACAUCUAAAUACCAUUUAUUAUAAUAUGAAACAGGGUCAAGGCACACACAGUACAGUAUAUGACGAUUAAACGGAAUAUAAUAUUAUUACAUCGUAGGUGCCUACGACUGCAGUUUAUUGGAUACAAAACAACAUUUUCUCUCUUUGAAACGUACAAUAUUUCGUUCGUACCGUUUCGUCCGAAGAAAUACAUUUUUUUUAAUCGGAAUCAAUUUUAUACAAUAAUAUUUUGAACUUUUUAAAUAUAGAUAUCUAGUCCAAAACAUAAUAUUAUUUUCAAGUGCACACACGAAAAAUAAUAAACUAGUGAAGUGUUGAAAAAAAAAAAUACAAACUAUAGGUAGUAGGUAGGAUUUCUAUAAAUAAUUUUUUUUUUUUUUUUUGCUAUCUCGGAAGAGUUUAAAUCUAAAUAACACGAUAAUACAUGACUAAAUCGUACUGAUGACAUUUUUGCUUUGUAAAUAUGAUUUUAUCAAUAUUAUUAGCUUCUUAUCUUUUGUAUACAUUCACAUUUCGAAUGCUUCUAGUUUUCUCAUCUCAACUGUAUUCAGUUCUCAUUCGUACAACGUUACACGUGUUUAUCUUCAAAAAUGGUUCCUUAGCGUCUAGUACCGUUCGUGGUUAAUAACUGAUUUUUAUUUUGAUAAGUAAGAUUGUCCCUUUCGUAAUUCCAUUGCUAAAGAUCCUAAAAAUAUUAUUGUUCAAUAGCCUUAGCAAAAAAAUAAAUACAUACGAUACAAACAUUAUUUCUAAAACAUAGACGGUUCAGUUGUCGUGUCAUGGCAUUGGAAACAUAUCCGUCGCACAAAUUUUAGAAAAUUCUAUAUUAAUAUCGUGUCAGGAGCGAAUUGCACACUAUCGUUACACUAUUGUAUUCUAGAAAUACGUUUAAGCUUCGAUGAGAAUAUAUGCAAUACUUUUCCGGACAAAAUACAUUUCCGCCUUUCCCGGACCGACGACGACGACGGAAUAUAAUAAUUGUUGUUUUUCGGUUUCUCUAUAUAAAAUAUAAUAUUAUUAUUACGCGUUUCGACUCACAUAUAUCGCAUUUCCAGUAUUUCAGGGAGUUGUAUAUAGAUAAUCUUAACGAAUUUUCGAAAAAAAAAAAAAAGGUGAAAAUAUAUCAGCUCUUUUACGCAACACCUAAAUAUUGUUAUAAUACGAAUAUGUAGAAAAUGAUGACAUUUCGGAGACAACCCCGUCGCGGCAUUUUACAAUGUAUUCAUAAAUAUUUAUAAAUAUAUUCAAUUUACUGAUAGGAAGCUAUUAAAAAUCUUAUUUUACACAAUUUUUUUUUUUUUUAAACAACUAAUAUUUCAUAAUAAAAACGACGAAUGAGGACAUCUCGUAAUAUAUUAUUAUUUGGAUUUUUUCAGCCUCAAGACUAUUCUGUGUCAUAACUGAUCCAUAAGCUAUCUCUAUCAAUCGUCGAAAUUUCACAAUUUGUUCCACCUGCUUCCACAUCCAUCCCUUUUAACUACGUCUUCCCAUCUCGUCCAUGGCCUUCUCAAUUUUCAGAAGCCAAUAUAUAAAAAGUCUUUUAUCGAGUUCUGUUCAGCACUGUCUGUCCUAGAGGGUUUUGGCUUCUCUAUGCACGUGCUCCUUUUUUUUAUGAUCUCUCAAAUAUUCUUAUCUCCGCGAACGUUAUUUGAAACCCACGGUAUUUCCUUUGUACCUAACAGCUAUGUCAUUCCCCACUGGUCUAAAGAUCUUUCGUAAUAUUCUUCCUUCAACUAUCGACCAUUUUUGCAUUCGUUUGUUUCCUCGGGGAUCAAGUUUCAGAUAAUAAUAACUAUUAGUAUACAGCACUAUGUUUCUGGUACCUAAUCAUAAUAUGAAACCGUCGAAUAUUGAUUUAUCGAAGAUUUUCUCUCAACGUACCUCAACUUAUUCGUAUUAUUAAUCGUACGCUUUUACAUUAAACAAAACAAAACAAAAAUUCCGACGACAGCAAGUCACAAACAUAUUGCAUUACAUAACGACAAUUAAUUCGAUUGAUUACGUGAGCGGUCGGCGGAUCGGGCACGUGCCGCCCGGUCGAAAACACAAUAUUAUUGGCGUGAGGUUUAUGUAUUUUGCGUCACCGUUGUAAAUUAUAUGGUUUGCGUUUUAAUUACGUGUCGUUUGUUUGUCGAACACCAGUAUCUGAUUAUGAUAUGCUGCGUGAUUUGCGCGUAAUUUAACUAUCCUUUAUAUUUAAACCAACGACUAAAAUAUGUUCGAAAAUCAAUCGAUAAAAAAUAUCGCGUUUAGAGAGGGUUGUAGGACUAUUUUUUUUUUUUUUAACUUUGUACACCCCUACAGACCCCCUAAACGGAGCGGGGAGCGAUACGUGUGCAUCGUAUCGCAAGAAUGUACCUUUUGAGGUUACAAUUUUCAACCCCCCCCCUUCUACCAUUUUUAAAUUUGUUUUUAAACCAUGUUCAAAUUUCACUAUUUUUUUCGUUUUUUUAUUUCAUAAGUAACCUUAUAAAAUAUUAUACUUUAAGUGUAUAAUAAUAAUAGAGUAUUGUAUUAUUUAAGUAUUUAAUGUUAUAUAUUGCUUUGCAAAGAAUAUUUCAAUAUGAACAUCAAAUAUUAAAUAUAAUCUCAAAAAAAAAACUACCAACUAUUCAAAUUUGAAUUUAGUGUUUAUGCGAAUUUAACGGUAACGAAUUGACAACCUUAAGUUAUGAUUAACAAUAUUAUCGACUUUUCGUUACUUUUCGACGUGGAUUUUGCCAUUUACUUUUAUUUAUACCCAACGUGUUUUUUCGCCCAUUAAAGGUUUUAGGCACAAGCUUAGUAGAACAUUAAUAACCAUAAUUCCUCGGAGCAGUCCCAGGUGUGGUGUUAAGACGAGAUUUUCACUGUUCGAAGUUAAUACAACCGGAUUUUCCGAUCGUUUAAUUGUUUCUUUUCAAUCGCCCUGGGAGAAGUGAGUGGAUCCCCUGCACACGGGUGUUUUUGUUUUCGAUACGAAUAUACAGUUGUUAUUGUUUUGACGUAUACCUAUACCCGCCGAAAGAAUUUUAAAACCCGUAUGUGCGAGAUCGCGUCUUCUCGCUCUCUCGCUCGUAAAUAACGUUAUUUUUUUAUUUUUUUUUCAUUCGUAUAUUAUUAUUACUGUUAUUAUUUUACGGUCGCGAAAAAAAUAUAUAAGAAUAACAGUAACCAGACGCGUGCCGGCCUGCCUGCCGGCUUUUUAUCGCGCCGACUAGAAUUCUUUCGAUUUAAAAUAAAUAACACGUGACGGCGUUUAAAUAUACUCGUAUAUUAUUUUGCAUUUGAUAUCCCGCCGCCACACAGCCGCUACACGGCUUGACCACACGUCCGUAUUAUCAUUAUCAUCAUUAUUAUUAUUAGGUCGCGUCGUCGAUUAUCCCUGCGAGUGUAUUGAUGUAAUAAUAUAAUAAUAUCGCCGGUAAUUAAUUCGUUUGCGUAUCUUGGAUUUUGUCAAACGUCCAAUAAACGUCUCCUCAGUUGCGGUCGAUUUUUCAGACGCACACGCUCCCACCGACAGCGCAGUAAAAUAUAGGUGCUACCGCGCACAUUCCUGUGACAAAGUCGUGUCUCCCCCCCUCCCCAGCCCUUUCACCUGUGUAUACAGAGCGGUUCUUUUGUCGUGUGAACCGGCGAUUAUAAUAAUAUACAAUACAUUUAUAUAUAUAUAUAUACUAUAUAGGUAGCCGACUACUUUUUUUUUUUUUUUUAUGGACUUUUUCUUCUCCUUCGUCUCAUAUAAUCGGGAACGGUCGCCCUAGUCCUAAACUACCACUUGAUCCGAUCUGCUACAUCAUCCUCACAUACACGCAUACCAUUCUCAAUAACAUCCAAAACAUCGCCUUUUCGGUCGUCUCGGACAUCUUCCCUUCUUUCUUCCUCCGUUAAUUUCCAUUGACAUUGUUAUAUUAUCUGAUUUGUCUCUUCUCAUGACGUUUCCGAAUUAUUUUAGUCUAUUUGCUCUCAUUUUGUCCACUAUCGAAGUCACUGCACCAAUGCCACCUCUUAGGGUAUUCGUUACAUAUCCUAUCUUUACUCGUCACUCCACCCGUCUUCCUAAGCAUUCAAAUCUCCGUUACACUCGCAAUAAAGAAAUAAAAAAAAAUAAAACUGUUGUAUUGUCGUUGAAUCGCGCUUUUUUUUUUUUUUAAAUUCAUUAGAAAAUUUGGGAAACUGGAAUAUUUUUUUAAAAAUAUUCACUGCCGGACGAAAAAUCUGGAUCUUUUGUUAUACGAUAUGAACAACUCGGAUUUUUUAUUUUUACUAAUCGAAAACUUGUUUCCGAGAAAAAAUAAAUCUUAGCAAUAAUUUCUCCUUUAAACCCGAUUAUAUCUGCGUAAGUACGUAAAUUAUUAUCAUAAUAAUAUAUAUGAACUGCCCUCUCUCUAUUUUUCUUUUCUCGUACACCGGUAUAAACCAGUGAGAUCUGCUGAUUUAUUUUGUACAGUUUUUUUUUUUUUCAAUCUGUUUAUAAAUUUACACACGUUUCUCUAAACAUGUUUACGUUCAACCGUUUUUGAUAUAAUUUAAGUUAUAGUUCCGUUCUCAGGAAUUUGUAAAUACGCACAUGCAUGCAAAUCGGAAGACGGAAAACAAACACUAGAUCAUGCUCUCGAAAUCCGGCAUUUGGCGUAGCUUGUUUAUUAUUAUUACUGUGCACUCGGUCAUUUCGCGAAAAUCGGAUGUUUAUUUAUUUGAAAAAAUCACGUGGGGUGUCGGUGCUUUGGGUAAAAAUCGCGCACUUCCUCUGCGGAUUCGUGAUUCGUUUAAAAAUAAUUCGUGACUGUAUAGAUAGCAGUGUUGUUGUUUUGUCUGACUUUCGAGCGCGUUACGAUGAAUCUAAUAACGCGAUGAGACAGUAUUAGAUAAAUGUACAAUAAUAUUCCGGAAAUGCUAAUUUUAACGCGUUCUCGGAAAUUAAAAAUAAAAUCAAAUUAUUUCGUUUGCCUUGUUAAGCAAAUAAUUUACCGCAUACUUUUUGAUCGAAUCGUAUUUGUACAGUAAUAAUAUGAUUUGUAUAUUUGAUUAACACUACGAAGUGUUUGCCAAUCCAAUGUCUGUUGAUUCGUCUGCCUGCGCGUACAUCACGUCAAAUGAGAAUAUUUUAUUCGAAUUUAUAAAGAGAAAAUCGAGGAGAAUUUUCACGUUCCGCAGAAUAAAAAAAAAAGCAUUUCCGAAGAUCAGGAGUAUUUUAGUUAAAAUAUGGAUUGUUCUUUUUAUUGAUUUUAGAUUUUCUUUGAAUAAAAUAUUACACGGAUACAAAAGAAAAAACUACGAUUGAUUUGCGGGUCAGUUUUAAAAUCAUAUAAUUUGUCUAAACUCACAUUUCGGACUCCAAUAAGAAUAUUUAUUUGUUGACAUGCAAUAUACAAACUAAGACUUUGUGCUACAGUGUGGUUUUCAGAUCAGUUCCACGGGUAAAGAGGGGAGACGAAAUAUUAAAAUAUUAAAUAAGAUAACAUUUUUUUUUUUUGAAAUUGAGACUUAACAAUACGGUAGGAGGGGAGUGAAGCGAAGUGUAUCCGGCUCUGAUAGAAAAAUUAAUGUUGUCAAAAUAACUGUUUAUCCGUUUAGUGCAUCGUAAUAAAACGGUUUAAAUAAUACAUUUUAUUGUCAAAUAUUACCAUAUGCUGACAUUUUUUUAUAAAACGUAAUCACGGCGAUGAAUAUUUUUUGUAACACGUCGUGUUCAGUCGAGGGUACAUCCCACUGGUCCUUGAUUUUGUCUGAAAAACAUUCCCGAAAAUCUAGUUGUGUAUAAUAUAGUCACUGUGCGAGCAAUGCGGUUAAAAUAUCGUCUUUCAAUUAUUACCAAAAUAAUAUCGUCUUUCAAUAUUAUAAAAUCGAUUCGAUAGGUAUAGAUGCAUUCUAUGAAAAGAUUUGCACGGCGAACAUUUCAGUCUUUCUGACCCGACAUAAAUUUUUACUCGCAAGACAAUAAGUUUCAUGGUAGGGAGAGUAUACACAGGUAAAUAAGUCUAUAAUAUCUAGUACGUAUAUUUUCGACAAACUAUUGUCUUGUCGUAUCGUGUACCCUCCCCCCCCCUUUCCCAUUGAACGUUUUUAAAUACAACAAAUACAAACAAACGGACAUACUUCACACGAUGGGUGGGCCAUUCUGUUGUAGGUAAAAAGUUAAAAUGGUUGAGGGGAAAUUGUAUAUUAAUGUAUAUCUGUACGCAACGAUUAAUCAUUGCUAACAAAAAACUAUUAUUAGCGGAGUUCACUUAUGCUUAUAGAUCUUUUGAAAGGCCGAAAUAUUUACGAUUCAAAAAUAAUACUAAGUACUAGAUGAUCCAUUUAAGUGGGUACACUCAUAAUCUUGGAAAGUAUUAAUUUUGUCCAGAAUUUGUUUUCUAGAACAUAAAAAAACAAGUUGCUCUAAAAUUGUAUAUUAUGUAAUUUUUCGUCAUCCUUAUUUUUGGGGGUAAAACCACUACCUACUUUUGAUUUUCAAAAGGCAAUCUAUAUUAAAAUAUGAUGGAGUAAUUGUUAAAAUAAAUUUGAGUGUUGAUAUUUUUGAUUUCUGUCAAGCCAUUGACGACAUAUUCCACUUUUAAGUUUAGACUGGAGAAGAGUAGUGGAGAGUAUGAUUUGUGUGGCGGUGUGACGCGAGGUGUGUUAAUAAUGCACCACUAGUACUCCCUUCAACCAAAACUUAAAAGUGGAAUAUCUCGUCAACGAGUUGACGGAAAUCAAGAAUUUUAACACACAAAUUUAUUUUAAUUAAUACUCCAUAAAUUGUAUUGACUUUUUAAUAUAGAUUGCCAUUUGAAAAUCAAAAGUAGGUUGUGGUUUUACUCCUAGAAAUAAGGAUGACAAAAAUAACAUACAUAUAAAAUUAUAGAACCGCUUGUUUCUUAAAUAUUCUAAAAACAAACCGGAAAAAAGUUAAUACUUUUCGAGAUAAUGAGUGUAUCCACUUAAAUGGAUUACCCUGUAAAAUAAAAACAAAUAACUAGGUAAUAAUAAAAUAAUUUCUCCAUUUUUCGUACGUCUUACAUACUAUGUACUUACUUAUGUAAGAUAUAUCCUGUUAAACAUAUUUAUAAAGACCAUCAGUUCGUUUAAAUAAUAAAGCCCCAGGGCAUUUAAAAAAAAAAAAAAUGUUUCGUACGUUUAAACGUUAACCCCUAAGAAAAUCAAAAAAUUACAUCCCUAAAGCACCACUCCGGUUCAAUUUCUUUUCAGAAAAGGUGCUACACUUGAAAAUCGGGGCAAAAUUUAUAGUAGAAACGUUGUUUACAGAAAAAAAAAUAAACAUCAUUAUAAAAUCAAUAUAUUCCUCGCUCCACUCAUAAUUUAAAAUGUAUACUAUUUAACAUUGAACAUUUAAUGUAAUAAUAUCAAUUACACAUUUACAUUAAUCUUAUUCAGGUAAUAACAAAUAACUGUACUACAUAUUAUUAUGUAUUUUACAAAACGUUUUUUUUUUUUUUUUUUAAAUUCAACCGACCUCCCCUUAUUCAGAUUAUGCUACUAUGGUUACUAUUGCAGUAUUAUUUUUAAUUUUAAUUUUAUUAUUCCUAUUAUAGGUAUUACUCUAUAGUACACACUGUCAGUCCGGCACAUCAUUGUUACAUUGAUUGAUAACAACGUUUGUACAACAACUUGGCCGUUGCUUUUAUCGUAUAAAAAUUAUUUGAGAAUCGUUUGUGUUACCAUAAUCGAUACGCUUAAAUUAAAUUAUUGAAAAAAAAAAAAAAAAAAGGAACUUGUCAAGCGUAAUUCGCGUAUUUUACUGAAUUUUUUAUCAAUAACAAAAAAAAAAAAAUUCGCAAAACGCCCGUUCUACCUUUAUGACUACAUAUUAUUCUAGUCAUCGUGAACAGCCUUGCGAUUAAAAGCUAUAGAACCCUUUAUAGCUGUACAGAAUCGCGUGCCUCAUCUCUACAAACAGAGAAACACUCACCGGUGUUAUGAAAUUCCGAACACUGACGACGACGACGACCGUUUCCGUCGUACGAUUUUGGCAUACGAACGAGACCGUUGCGGUCCCUUAAUAGCGUAUGCGUGUGUGCGUACACAUAAAACACACACAUAUUAUAUUAUAUUUAUAUACACGUAAGAAAUAUAUUUAAACGCGCGCGUGCGCAUACGUAAACGGGAUGCGGUGGUCGUUUGUGUUUUAUGGACGAUAAACGCUUGUCGGACACGUUUAUUUCGGACAAUUGGCCGAUAGAGGCGACCGCCGACUACAAUAUUAUAAUACUGAAGAGCGGCGAUCGCGUUGGCCCAGUUUCGCGUUAAUACGUAUAAUGUGUUUUUUUUUUUUUUUUUCAUUUGCCGGCGGUUCGCACACAUCGCUCGGGUGCGUUUAAGUCUAAAAACCUAUAGACCGUAUUACGCCGAACAUGGGUGGAUUUUCGAUCACGUCUGCGCGGCGACUUGGCGUUUCGACCGACGUUAACCGAAAGUGCCCGUUGGAAAAUUAAUACUAUUCGUGUUUUAUAUGCUUACGUUUGUCCAGUCACAGGCACCGAAUAUGUGCUUAGUUAUGGCGAGUGUGUUCCAUACCGACAGUAAAUAGUUAUAUUGAUUUAUUAUUACUGCUGAUAGUUAAUUUAAAAAAAAAAAACAAAAAAACCAAAUCUAGAAUAUAUUUUCUGAAAUUUCGAUACAAAUUAAUUUUUCAAAAAUGAAUAGGUGGACUAAGAUUUACCGUGUCUAAAGAGCAUUUUAGGAGGACUUGAAAACGUUCUGGCGGGCUUAAGCCCCCUGAAGUUCGCCUAACAUUCGCUUAUGAGGCCGAUCGAUUUCAUAUUCGGUUUGUACUAAAAGACGUACGGUCUAUCUGUAUAGCGUACGUAUAUCGUAAUCGAAGAAUUACUUGAAUUUGUACUCGAAUUAUAAAUAUACAAUUAAUAAUAGCGAGAUUAAAUCAUCGCUUUUUAACAUACGAUAAAAAUUCAAAAAUAUUCUGUGUAGAAGUUUUGAAAUUUCGCGUCUAAAGUAAAACCACAUACAUCAUUGAGUAUCGACUUGGGUAUCGAAAUAGAUACAGUUUAUAAGCUCCAAAAAAAUUUAAAAAAAAACUAUGAAUCACCCAUCGCAAAAACGUACGACGGCUGUUAAUAUUUCGUCGUUUUUGAAUUUUAAUUUAGGUCACUGAUGAUUUGUACUUCAAAAUUACAAGUCUAUUCAUACACCAACGCUGUAUUAUGAUUUCAUAUUAGUUAUUUACAAUGUAACGGAGAAUCUUAUAUCAGAUUUUCGUUUUUGUUGUUUGUGUGAACAAUAUUUCAAAAAUCUGCCAACUAUACGAAAAAUAGAAAUACAGGAUAUUAAUCUUGUAUUGAAAAUAUACGCUUCAACAACUCGAAUACCGUGAAGCGAUUAAACUUCUUUUAAACGUCGGCUACAGCUAGCAGGGAAGGAUUCGAGUCGACGAGUCGUAAGACGGCUGCGUGGCGUCGAUUGUUAAUGAAAUUUUCACCAUUUGCGUGGAUUUUCAAUUCCGGGGUCCCUGGAGGCCAUUAUUACUAUGAUGUAUCGUAUAUUAUGAAUAUUAUAGUAAAAAAACAUGCGUGUAGGUUAUAUCGAAUACACGUGUAACGCCAACGUGUAAUUAAAAAAAACAAAAAAAAAAUUCCGCAACACCAUUGCUCGCGGCCGGUAAUCCGAUAGAUUUUUGGAGGGCCUUAUAUUAUACAUUUACCUAUAUUUUUAUUUUUUAGGCACCCGUCAUUACGAAUUAUAGUGUUGUUAUUAUUAUUAUUGUUGUUCUUGUUGAGCGAAUCGUGUUCUAUCGAUAAUCGUACGUGGCGAAAUAUAUUUUUAUUUUUUUUAUAUUUUUUAUCUUAUAUAAUUACCGGGACGAAUGCUGACCCGUUGACGUAUUUACAGAUCCUAUUCGAUUUCGGUCUAGGCUGAAACGUAAAACAGUUGAUAUUAAUAGUUUUUGGAGGUUUCGGAAAGUUUUAGGAGUUUUACAAAACAUGAUUUAAUAUUCUUUAGUUUAUACAUCUUCUUUGUAUUAACUCUAAACGCACUUUUCUGUUGAAUAUGAAAUGUUGUACAUUUUGAUCUGUACUUUGGGCCACGGCCCGUAUUGCUGUAAAAAUAACCUACUUGUUGCUUCAAACCUGCUAUCGUUUUUAAAAAAGUUAAAGUGAUCAAAGCGUAAACCGUAUACCUACUAUACCUGAUCAAUAAAAAGCCACCACUGCAAGACUACCUGUUGGUCCAAAUCAGUUAGUACUUCAUUGGAGUUAGUGUCCUAAGUCUAAACCUAAAACUGAAAUUCUAGUCUAAGAAUGACUACGGCGGAUUGUUUAUUGACAUGCUACUUGAGACGAACUCGAAUAGGGUCUGUAAAUACGCGAGCCGUUGCUUGCACUCUCGUAUAAAAAUGAUCACGUUCCAAUAUUAUAAAAUAUGCAGUUUUAAUAUCAUCCCAACUUAAGUAAAUAUAGGGAAAAAUCGAAAUUUGAUUUCACCGUGGAGGUUGUGAUCGGAUUUUGCCGUUUUUUUUUUUUUUUUAUCUUCUUAUAGUAUGUAUACUUACUAGUCCUCUUCUAUUCCUCGUCCAACGAAGCGCACACACCGAACCAGCGAAUAAACCGCAAUUUUUUCAUACUCCAGAAGGUUUUUUUUUUUUUUAUCUACAUUAUACACGAUUACACGAUGUUAUAUUUUACGCCACAGGUCAGAGAAAAAAAAAAUACACAUUUCCUCCGUCGUCCAUUAUUUAAAUAUUUACGUAAUAUAUGCACAACACGAACACGUUUAUCUCGUUUAACACGCGCUCGUGGGUUAUUUUCACGACGGAGGAUUUUUAAAUCAUCGAUUAUUAUUAUUCAUCACCCGUUUGAUCGGUUACACGAUUUAUUAAAAUAUUUCGGAAACGAUUAAAAUAUAGUAUAUAGCGAAAUUUAUGCGAAAUUUAACAUCACGCACAGUGACGCUGUACGGUUUUCCCGCAGUAGAGAUACCUUAAAAAAUGGGAAUUUUUUGACCGGUGAUAGUUUAUGUUUUAAUCGAAAAUUUUUUUAAAAAACGAACCUACGUGCUAACUGAUAACAGUACACACAUUUUGGACACGAUUCGUACAAGAUCGGCAAUUAGAGGUUUCCGAAGCUAAAUUUUUAAAUUUCGAAUCUUUUUGUUUUUGGUCGGUUUGCUGGAUUCUCUCAUGCCACACGGACGAAAGCCGUACUUAAUUACACAGUUUUAUCAACAGCUUCACUCGCAGAGAACUGUUUUCUUUUUUUAUGAUUCGCCGUUGCCAGUGUAUUCUGCAGUACCUAUAUUUAAACAAAUUGCCUUAAAAUUCAAAAUCAUUAGUUAUAAAAAUAUACCGAAUAGAAUAUGUGUGAAAGUAAACAAUUUAAAUUUUUAAUCGUUAUUCAAAUGUUUGUCUUAUUAUUUAUAUACGUGCAAUUCAUUACAGCCGUUUUACGAUAAUCGGUCAUAUAUUUACAUUCUGCACGCGACGAACGUUAACAUCGCGCGCCGUAAACCUAUUAAACUGCGGCAAUCGACGGCCUCGUCAAUAAAACGUGUACGAAAAACAUUGUUAUAACAUGUAUAUAUAUAUAUUAAUUUCGAGCAAGUUCGAUUUAGCGACGGCGUGGGCGCAGUUUUCACCGUGGUAAAAUGAAAAUAUUUUCAAGCGAUAAACAGACCUUUAUCAUAAUAUGCAGUGGUGUUCUAUCAAAAUGUCCGAGGUAAAAGUGUCCGGAAAACAAACAAAAUUAAAACGUACUAUUUUAUAUGAAUAAUUUUAAAAUAUUAUAUAUUUAAAUAUAUUUGACAUGGUAAUAAUAAUCGUAAAAAAAAUCGAUUAUUAUCGAAAUAAAUUAUAUUGUAUUAUACGAUAAAAAUAUUGAACGGAAAUGUCCUCGCGACCCGCGGUUCCCCCGUUGUAGUGUUUUCGUUAUCUAUCUAUAAAUAGAUACUCUACAAGCCGGACGUAAAAUUAUUGAUUGCGAUUUUCUUCUCGAUAUUAUAUUCUUCCCGUUAAUGUGUGUAAUCAUAUUGUGCAAAAUAUGUUACAGUAUAUGCGUAUAUAUAUAUACAUAUAUUUUUUUUUCAAUUGCCUUGAGGCAUUUUUAUUGAAAACGAUAAAUAAAUCUUUACAAAUAUAAAUCAGUAGGAGUUAAUACAUAUAUAUAUGUAUUAACAAAACUUAUGUAGGCUUCCAGUGAAGCAGCUCCCGUACUUAAUCUAACAAUUAGACUAAGUCAAAUGGCUUCAGUCGUUUGAGUCGUCCGAUGUCUUGCGAGUUGUCGCAGAGUUGUAUGGCAGCUGUAUUUGUGUAAAGCUGCAGUCUUCUUGCGUGUUUGCGGGCAACACGGGUAAUUUCAUCCUGCGCGGAUGUCAUUUUCAAAUCUCGGCGAAUGAUGUCAUUCUUAUCAUACCGAUAUGCUGCGACAAUGAUACGAAGAGCGAUGCUCUGGCAUCGUUGUAUUAUUUCGAUAUUAGACUUACUGGCACAGUCGAAUGCCAUACAUCCAAAUCGGUUUAACAAUCGGUAUAUACAUAAGAGACAUUGAUGCUGAUCCAGCUCGGAGUAUUGUCCAACUAGCCAGUACACUUUGUGCGUUUUUUGUUUGAUUUGCAAUUUUUUCUGGCGUACAUGGUGUUUCCAGUUAAGUCGUAAAGUGCAUUUCCAGAUAGUUUGCUGAAUCAAUUUGCGAGAUUAUCUGUUGACUUGGCGUGACUGGGAAUUACAAUAGGGAUAUGAAAUUAUAUUAUAUAUGUAGGUGUAAAUUUGUAUUUUGUUUUUUUAUUUUUCCUCUGACCAUUUUACCUACAUGCCCAUCAUAUUAUACAGCCGAGUAUAAAUUACCUAACCUAUAACAUUAUGGGUUGUGUAAUAUUAGCGGAGUAGAGAAUUUGUUUGUUUAGAACGUUGUUGUUCGAUAAAAUAAUAUACUCACUGCGGCGUGCAACCGUUUGAUCGUUUGUACAGCAUUCAACCGGUGGUCGACGGUCGUUAAAAAAAAAAAAAAAAAAAAAAUACAAAAAUGAAAUGAAAUUUUUUCAUAUAACCCCUAUACGAGUAUUGAAAUUUUUGUAAUUUGACGGAAAAUAUAUUACCAUUGUAUAAUCGAAUUAUCAAAAUGUAUAUUCUCGGCGAAAAAAAUAUUACAUUUCCGACAGCAUAAUAUGUGCAGCAAUCUGACACGCGUUAGUCAAAGGUCAUAUUGGGUCUUAGUCUUUUUUUUUUUGUAAGGACUUUAACCUUCCGACCAAAUCUCGACUUGUAUAUAUAUAUAUAUUUUGGCAACCAUUUCGCGAUUACAGUGUGGUUAAAUAAUAUAUGCAUAUCGUACCGAGCCAAAUGAAUCCCGUUGUGGAACUUGACCUGUUUUUAUCGCGCUCCUAUCAGCGUAGAUUUUUUUCCUAUUUUCGCGAUACACGCGUUCUUAAUUGUCGACAAUAAUAUUACGAUACACUUAUCUGAUACCAGGGUGGUUCUUAACAAGUCAUGAAGGGAGGGGGCAGGAAAUAUUUUGCGCAUUAUACAUAUGCAUCAUCUUCUUUUUUUUUUUUUUUGUCUCCGUCGGCCGAUGGAAAUUGAUUUGAAACAUUUUCGAUAUUUUCAGAAAUUCACCCUUUUUUUCGGUCCUUUUUUUUUUUUCUUACCUCGAAAAAAUGUAUGUAUUGGGCUGUUAUAAUAAUGUGAUGAAACAUAAAAAAUGUAUAAAUUUAAAUGUUAUAAAGAAACAUUUUUUGAGUAAAAGCGUUUCGCUAAGAGUAUCCCCUAUCAGUAUUUGACCGUAAACCGGCCUUGGGCUUUUUGAACACUACACAUCAUAUGUGUAAUAUGAAUAAUAGAAAUUAUAUAAAAAUAUCAUAUAUCGAUACUUAUAAUAAUAUUCUCGGUUUUUUUCCGGUGUCGAUGCGUCCAAAUAAGGCCCGAAACUUCGAAUGUUAUACUAUUAUUAUUGUGGUAUUAUAUAUACGACGUCCUUGAUAUUUGUUUACAAACGAUUUUAUUCGUAAAUCCGUCGCAUUAAAAAAAAAAACUCAUUAUGCUUAACUUUUUUUUAUCACUCACUUGACGGAAUGAUAAAUCCCGUGGCAUUUUUCGCCUCAUCAAAACAAUUUUAUCAACAUAAAACCAAAUAAAGAAAUUUCGAACAUAGCACUCAAUUUUGUUUUUUAUUUUACCGACAGGCCAGAAUAGUUCAAAUAGCUAAAAAAAAAAUUCCAAAAUAUUUAAGAAUACCAUAAACGUCUACUAAAUGCUAAUAAUAUAAAUACCUACCCCGUGAAAAUUGCAGGUCUCUGAAAUGAUUUCGCGUUUUAAUAAUAUUGUUUUCACUAUAAUGCUAUAAAGUCCGACCUCCCGAUGUAUUUUAAUAAUCAUGUGUACGUGCAAUUUGUUUAAAUAUUUUCAUUUUUUCUGUUUUAGAAAUACCUUGUACCUUUGAAAAGCGCCGAAAGCUCUGUUCACAUAGACUCGUCGGUGGUCGAUGACAUAUUUUACCAGGUAUUUUACCACGCCUAUUAUGAAAAUUUCGUUUUUACAGUUUUAAAAUAUAUAUUAAUCCCGCCUUUAGAUACCCGAAAUCCUAAUGGAGCACGAACAAUUCCUAAAAGAUCUGCACAAGCGUCUUGAAAUUUGGGACGCACACCAGAGAAUCGGAGACAUCUUAUUAGAAAUGGUAACGAUAGUAAAAAUCACUGGAAAUAUGUUGCGAUUCGCAGUGUCUUAUUAUAGUAUUAUGUGUUUGUUUUACAGUUUUCCAAAAAGCCUGUGAUAGAUUCGUAUACGUCGUUUAUAAACCACUGGAAAAUGGCCAAAGAAGCGAUCAAAUCGACGUGCAAUUCGAAACCAGCGUUCGCGAGAUAUUUAGAGGUACAUAUUGUGUGCAAGCGUGAAAAAAUUGUAUCAUUUCAAUCCAAAUAAUGCAAUAUUGUUAUGAUCGGAGAAUGUAUAAAAUAUUGCAAAAAAAAAAAAUAAAUAAAUAAAAUUAAAAAAAUAAUAAUAAUACUAACUAUUUUUUUUUUUUUGGUUUUGUGUUUACAGUCGACCGCUCGAGAACACAAAGGGAAAUUAGCACUGGAUUCACUUCUCAUCAUGCCGGUUCAACGAAUACCUAGAUACGAACUCCUCAUACAGGUAACUGUGAUCCUUGGUAACAUUGCAUUGCAAUCUCGUGUCGUAAAUUGUAUUUGUCUUCCUCUUAAUUCUUAAGCUACUUGUAUUGUAUCCUAGCUUACAAAUCCAUCACCAUCUCAUCAUGUACUACAAACCGUCCCUUUAUGUCUCCAAUAACCUAUAAUACUGGCAUAGUCUGCCUAAGUAAUAGAAAUUUAUACAUUAUCAUUGUUAUUUUUAUAGACGUUAUUGAAACACACUGAGUCGACGCACCCGGAUCACGAGUCAUUGAUCGAAUCGCAAAAACAGGUGCACGAGAUGGCGGUGAAAAUCAAUUGCUCCGAAAAAGACAACUUGGAGCUGGAGCAGAUUGAGUCGCUGAUCGAUGGGCUGAUACAUUUGGCGGCCACUGACCGAACAUUCCUUAGGCACGACCUGGUGACCAUCGUUUCCGGGCAGUCGAUGAACCGGAAGGAACGAGCGCUGUUCCUGUUCUCCGACCUGCUGAUCGUCACUAGCAUCAAGCGAAAGAGCGGAACCAUACGCAAACCAUCGACGUGAGUUUUUUUUUCAAAUUCAUAUAUUACAAUAAAUUGUAAAACUAUUUAAGUGAAUAAUUUAGGGAUGGGCGAUAGCGAACAUUUUUCCUAAAGUAAAUAUUAUAAUUUUUCCUUCAUAGUGAUCACAGCAUUUCUAUAAAGCUCUUGUAAGUUAACAUCGCGUUUAAAAGCUGCUUUCGUUUAUUCAUAUAUAGAAUAAAGAUAGCAGAUAUUUUUAUUUUCAGAUCCCCGUAAAUAAAUUAUCGGAUUCAAUACCAAAAAUUAUUUUGUUUUCAGACUAUUCGACACAAGUGUCUUGAAUACCGGUAAUUCAACAUUUAUCUGCCAGUCUCGAUGUAUCGAUUUUAAACUUAAUGUACAAUUAGUUUUUAAGAGUACUGGAUUUCAUAAAAAGGAUCUGUUUGAUUUCAAAGAUCCAAAUUGUCUUAUCGCGCUUUGUAGUUAAUUGGCUAGAUGAAUUCUAGAAUUCGGGUAAAUGACAAAGAACCCUUUAUUUUCAGUGCAGCCAAGUUGAAAAACGCCCAAGACGCUUUUUAUUCACGUGUUUGGGUUUCAAACAAAGAUUAAAAACACGUCUAAUUAUGUCAAUACUGAUAAUAUCGACCAAGUCACUUUACCUAAGUGACGUAAUUAUUUCGAUUCAGUAUUUGUAUAUAAAUCAUUAAAUGGUACCAUAAACUGUCCUGAAUGUUUUCUCUAAUUGGAUAUCAUAAGCCUAUAUAGUGAACUCUAGAAAUAGUUUGUUUCCAUGUUCCCUCCACUUCUAAAAAUUGUGUUAACAAUAAGCUACAUAUCGUUCGCCCGAGUAUUAUAAUGAAUAAAAGAGUUUAAGAAUUUUUAUUUGGAUCACGAUCCAAUUUCUAAAUUGAAUGUGUAUAAUAUGAUAAAUUAACAUAAUUGGUCGUGACGUUCGCCUGUUAAUACGCGAAUAUGUAUUGUAUUUUUAUAUAUUUUGUUUUCGUUGUAUCCCUUGCCGGUGUUAACGUAUUAAAAUUAAAUUAGAAUAAAUAAUGUAUCGAUAUAUCAAAUAAGAGCAACGUUCAUUUCUAGUAAACAAUAUAAUAUGGUCUUAAUCCGUUUGCAUAAAAACAAAAUCCCUGUUACUUCCGGUACCUUUCGUACAUAUGAAUUAUACAAAUCUGCAAUGUUCCAUAGUUAUUUCAUACCGUAACGUAUUUAAAGUGAAAAUUUACCAUUUUAGAUUAUGAGUAUAACGAAAAAUCGAUUAGUUUUACAAAGAUCUGGUUUUAUUCUCGGUUAACACACGGUUAGUAAAAAUAUUCUGAUUUUUUUUAUAUGUACUACGCUAAAAGAUUCGGAUUUUUCACCCGAUGGUAUUUUAUACAUGAAAAUUUUUUAAAAUUUUCAAUACUUUUCCCGAAAAAUUGUCUUCUUAUUUUUUUGUUUGACUACAUGCUCCAAUUUUUUCUCUCCGUUUCCCUAAAUAGUAAGCAAGUAGUUACCUUGAUAACAAGGACAAAUCACAAUAAAUAGAUAUUACUAUUCCACUCAGAAUGGCUUUAUAUUUUUUGCAAUGAUUUAUCAUCGCAUUCAGGAUAUAAACUAAAUUACUUUGCUUUUAUAAUUGCUAAUUAGUUUAACAUUCAUUUCAUAUAAUAUAAAACGGUUUGCAAGUAAAAUAAUUAUAAAUUUCGAUACCUAAUUAGAAUCUCGAAAGAAUACAUUUUUUGAUACAAAUUUAAAAAUAAAAUCAAACACUAAAUAACGAUCACGAAUCAAUGCGAAUUCGAUGAAAACAAAACCAAAUGCAAUGUUUAUUUCCCGGACAAUAACAUCAUAUUAUAAUUUAAUCUAUUUAAAAUAAUAUUAUGCAUUGAAUAUGUAAAUUUACACAUAUAAUCUGUUAUUGUUUGAAUUGUUUGAAAAUAAAUAUCGAAUAACUAGGGCAAAUCGGACGAUACGAAAUGACCAUAAUUGCGUAAAUCUAUACACACGAAUGUACUAAAUCUCAUCGGUUUUGACUCCUCAUAAUGGGACUCGUACCGAUAAAUAAAAUGUUUAAAUAUUAACAGUGAACUUUUGUGUUCCACGAAUACGUUCGGGACCGAGCGAAAUUUUCGCAUUUAGCGGAAAAACUCGUUGCGUUCCUAUAGUAAAAUCCUGGUCACGGCUCAGUAAAAUAAUAAUAAAAAAAACGUUAUUUCGUAAAAUUUUAAUAUUACUACAAUACGACAAAUGAGCCAAGAAAAACAUAGUGUUAGUGUUUAUAAUAGAUGUUGUGAAACGAAUUCUAUAAAAUAUUAUUAUUGGACAUUUUACAGUACUUCGCCAAACAGCGUCGUGAGCAAUUUAGAAGCGAACAAAUACAAGUUACUCAUGAAGAUACCGUUGGACGAUGUUGAAAUAGUCAAAGGUACCUAUCUACGAACAUAAUAUUAUUUUGUAGACGUGCCAUUUAUGGGCAUAGUACACGUUUUGAACAGUAAUAUUCGUUUUGAGUCUAGUCCAGCCGUUACAAAUGAAUACAUUGAACGCGUAUAAAAACCGAUUAUAGUUAUAACUAUUACGACUCGAUACGAUUCUGAUUGUAUAUAUUUUGUAUAAUAUUAUUGAACGAAUACGUAGAGUGAAAAUUUAAAUUAACGUAUUUUUAAAUUCUGAAAGUUAAGCGCGUGAAAAUUGUAUUGAUAAUGUAACAAUAUUUCCCGUCUAGAAAAACACUUUUAAUACGGAUUAUAAUUUAUCAUAAUAUGUUUGAUUUUAAAUGGAAAUAAAUUUAAAAAUAAAUAAUCAUGCUAAUAAAAUCGUGCUUAAGCAUCUCCGGUUUAUUACGGUAGACAUUUUCUAGAAAAUAAAGACUAUUGCGUCUGUUAUAUGAUACGUAUUUAUAUAUUUUUCCCUUCUUGUAACGUCUCCCUUUGGACUAAGUGAGCUUGAAACACGAGAAUAAUUAAAGUAAUGUUAUUAACGAAUUGAAGUGAUAAUAUUCUAGUUAAAUUUCAGUAUUUUGUUGCGGGUGGAGGGUAUAUUUUUUUACAUCCCUACACAGACAACUUAAAUGAAACCAAUAGAUGCAAUUUUGUGUAGGUAUGUUGUAAGUAUUAAAGAUUUACCUAUACGUAGUUUCGAUUUUCAAUGCCCUCCAUAGCCAUUUUCAUACUCGAAUUUCAUGUUUUCCCAAUAAAUACUUGGCUUUUAACACCUCUACAGACUAAAAUGUAAUAAAACUCUAGCAAUCAUUACUAUUAAAGAUCAUUUUGUUUACGACGAUAAAUCGGUUGGGGACAACUUCAACUCUAAUGAUGGAGUUCUGUUGCAAAAUAGUGACUUUUUUUAAUUUUUAUAAAACUAACUAAAACGCACGCAUUUUUUUUAAAAGUAAAAGAUGAAAAUGUACGUCGUAUGCUACGCGAGAUGGAGUAUUUGUCGGAAGAUGUAUCCACGCUGACGCAGAUGACGGAUAUGGUAACCAUGUUGCAUUGUCCGCACAGUCACUUGGAGGACUCGAUCAAAGACAUGCUCAGUGCGCUCAACAAACAGCUGUCGGAACGACAAGCCAGUGAUACUCAGCUGUGUUAUCUUGAACUUAAUCUGCACACCAGGUAAUUCACGCCAUGCGUCUUCUUUCGAAUUGUAAGUGAUAUAUCUACAGUUAUAUACUAAAUAUUGUGACCGUCGAUUUCAGGAACGGUACCGAGACUGUAUCAAUAAUGUUUUCAAAACCGGAAAAACGUGCAAACUGGGAGGAAUCGUUCAACGAAGCUAAACAGAAACUAGGUAAGUUGAUACGCGCAUACGUAACACGAUUGGAAAAUGUUCAUAAUUUUUUGUUUUUGUUUUUUUAGUGCUAUCGACGGAUCGGAGACCAAACGCCGACUUUGUCGGUCCGGUGCCGAUACGCAAGACCAGGGCCGGACUUCAGUUCACUUGUGCGGCACCGGCCCUGAACCAGCGAGACGUUUGGGUGUGUAACAGCGACGGGUACGUGGGUCAGGUGUGCGUCUUGAGUCUGUACCCCGAGCCGACGGUGACUUCGUGUAACGGCGUUUGCAACGCUCGCAUAUUGUGCGUCACUUCGAUACCAGCGCCACAGCGCGCCGAGUAAGUCUUUCGAAAAAAUAGUUUCACAUUUAGUUUUAUUUAUUUAUUUUUUUUUUUUAUCAACAAUUAUUACGUUCAGUCAAGAUAAUAGCGCCAACAGAGAUGACCAGAGCAGCAACCCCGAGAUCAGUAUAUCGAUCGAAGACGCCGAUCAGACGGGGCCCGACAUCAAACUAGACAGGUUAAUUUGUCGACAACUUAUAAAUAUAUAAGUACAAAAAAUACGGCUGUGCAUUUAAUGCCCUAGAAAAAAAUAACAAAUCCUCAAAAAGCACCGAAUUUUAUCGGUAAAAUUAAAUAUUUCUACCGAGUACCAACAUAAAUUUAAAAAAAUAAAUAUGCAUAAAAUGUAUUAAAUAAGGAAAACGUGUCCUAAAAAAAGAUUGAGGAAUAAAAUAGUUUCAAAACUGAGUUCAUAUUAUUGUUACACAAUUCGACCGCUGUACAAAAAAAACCUUUUUAACUUAGGUACAAUAAAUUAAAAAAAUUAAAUACUUAUAUUUGCUACAAAUUGACAGCCCUUAAGUAUCAAGUGUAUAUUAAUUAAACUGUAAUGGUUGUAUAAUUUUUGUAUUUUAAUUGAGCAGCUCGUCGAGCGAAGAGGACGAUGACAAUAAUAAAGAGGCGGGUCAUGAUCGCGUUCCUGACGGGAUGUAUCCUACGGACCCGGUGGACUUUGAGGGUGAGCCCACCAUGUGGUUGGGUACUGAGGACGGCUGUAUACAUGUGUACAACUCGAUGGAUAACAUUCGCAUUAAACGGAACAAAGUGAAAAUUCAACACGGGUCUGCAGUGCAUUGCAUAAUGUAAGUGCAAUAGCUAUUAAGAUUAAUAUCGAUUGUCAAAUAGAAUUAUGAUAGAAUAAUUAGAAUUUAUGAUUUUUAGUGCAAAAAUGCAUACAUAUUGCACUUAUUUUAAGUGCAUAAACAUCCGAUCCCUUAUUAUAAGUAAUUUAUGUAUUUUAAUGGUAAUAUAGUAAUAGUAAAGUAAUUAUUAGCAGUAAAUUUUAAUUUUGACUUGAUUUCGUUCUUGUUACAGUUAUCUGAACAAUCGCGUUUACGUUUCGUUAGCAAACGGCGACAUUUGCAUUUACUACCCGGACACAAGUGAGUUAGACACACGAGUUAUAUUUUAACUGUUUGAUUCGUUUAAAAAAUAAUAAUAAUAACCCGUACCCUUUACACAGAUGGUAGUUGGAAUACGUCGGAUCCGGUGACUAUUAACGUCGGGUCUGCUGCCGUGCCGGUUUCUAAAAUGUUGCCGGUCGGCGACAAGCUCUGGUGUUCGUGUCAUAACACUGUCAAGAUAUUUGACACGAACUUAUUGCAGUUCGAAGUGAGUAUGCAAAUUAAAUACAACAAAAAAGUAAUCUUAUCCUUGAGUUUUUAUGGUCAAAAAAUGUAUAUGCCUACGGACAAAAAAGUUUGAAAAUAUUACAAAGUGUGCAAAUAAACCGGAUAUCCCGCUCGAAAAAAAAAUUUCCAAUGUUAAAGCUCUUUUUCAAAUCGUAAUAGAAAUGAUACUACAAAGAAAAUGACUUAAGAGGACGUGACCCGCACAUGUAUUCAGUAUUACUAUAAAGUAACGUCCAACUAACGGAUGACAUAGCAAAUUUAAAAUUCUAUUUUAGAAUAAAGUAGUAGUUAUAAAAUUGUGACAUUUGGGUUGAAAUUAAAGAUUAAACACGAGUAACACAAUUUAAACAAUGAAAUAUUAUGUUCGAGAGAACUACGUUUUUUUUCUAAUAUAUCUUGUCAAACAAAAUAUUUAACACUUACGUGGCACAGCAACAAUGAGCUCUCGUGAAUAUUAUUCUUUUUAAUUUUUUUUAUCUGCGUUUGAAUUCUAAUUCCAUCCUAAAAGCCACAAUACUUUAAUUCUGAGUUUUUUUAAUUUUGCCGAUUUCACGUCCUCUUAAUAACUUUUACUGAACACGCACCUUUUUUUGUAAAAAUAGACGUUUUUUACUUAAAGUUUGUAAAUAACACACAGAAAAUAUAUGAAAACUCUCGCAGUACAAUCAAAACACUUCGUUUAAUUUCUGUAAUAUUUAGUUGUCAUAUUGUUUAUAACGAUAUAAUAUUGUGAUUAUCGGUUUUACAGCAUUCGUUCGUGAUCGGCGGUGACUCGAACCGCUCGAUUACCAACAUGGUCGUGUCCGGAAUGGGAGUGUGGCUGUCUCUGCAAAACUCGGCCGUACUCCGUCUCGUCCACUCGGUCUCGUUCGAAGUGCUGGCAGAAGUCAACACCGCACCGGCCGUCACUAAAAUGCUGUCGAGUGAGUAGUGUGUCUUACUUGGGCAGACUUCUUCUGAUGUCUGACGGUUUUUUUCAUCUCUCUUUUUCUCUCUCGCUCUCUAAUAAUCCGUUUCCGUUUUUUUUUUUUUUUUUGUCCCCCAUGCAGGCUGCGACGACAUUAUAAGGCAACACAAGGCCGCGUGCCUUCGCGUCACGUCGUUGCUGGCGGUCAAAGACCUAUUGUGGAUCGGUACCAGUGCGGGUGUCGUCUUGACCAUGACCAUUCCGGCCGUAGUCGCGAACACCGGCAAACUCGGAACACUUCCCGUUCCUAUCGGUUGGUCUCUAUCCGAUAUUAUACGUAGCAAUGUAAUAUUAUCUCUCUCAGUGCCGCUGUUUCAGUAAACAUUGACCUCCGUGAUAUUUGAUUAAAGGGACAAUAUAAAUGGGGUCAAUAAUUACUUAAUUAUUAAUAAAAUGUUACCCCAUGAUAGUUUACGAAGGGGGUCAAAUUUCUCUAGUGGCAUUGUGCCGGGGAGAGGAGUUAAAUAUCACAGAGGAUCGAUUUUCGAAGUUGCACCACUAGGGACAAAGAAUUUUUAAGAGAGAACUGUAGUGUAAUAGUAGGAAAAGUUAUUUGGAAUUUCAGUUUAUUUGUAUAAUUUUAGAUUCUAAGGCGGACAAAAAAAGUCUAGUUUAAUUUAAAACGCGAAUAAAUUUUUACUAUUUAAUUUAUUAAGUAUUGUAUACUAUUUAAAAAUAAAAAUUAGCAUUAGGUAAUUCGAUUGGUAUACUACUAAAAUUAAGAAUUUUAACAAAUUAAACGCAGAAACUACCCAGUCGUUAGCUGUGUCAAUAAUUUAAGUUCAAAAAAUAAAAGUUGUACUUUGGUUAAAUGUCUAUAAUACACUAGCAGUAUGAAUAAAACGGCUGUUUCAUGACCAAAUUAGGUUGGUGUGUAUGUCACUUAAUCAUUGGUUAUAUGUUGACUAAAAUUAUGAAGUACAGUGACAUCUUUUAAGUAGCCUUACAUAGUUAGGGCUUCUGAAUCUUCUGAUUUUCAGUUUUUUAUGAGGAUUUUCACUAGUUUACUGAAACAUUUUUUGAAAAAAAUAAACUUCACGUGGCGACUGUGGCUAAUCAACUGCACGCGUACAGAGAUAAUACGACGAUGAAAACGAACACAGUAUUUGAAUUUAUAACGAUUUUUUUGUUUUGGUUUAGGUGUACCACACGGUCACACGGGUCACGUACGAUUUUUAACGCUGGUCGGCCAUUUGCCGCAGAACUUCUCCAAGCAGCGACGACAAUCGUUGAACCAGCGGAAGAUGAGCACGUCCGGCAAACUGUUGUUGAUAUCUGGCGGCGACGGGUACGAGGACUUCCGUUCGACGGCUGCGUCUGAAGUAGCCGGCCGCGAGGACUCUACCAACCACCUAUUGCUGUGGCAUGUAUAAAUAAUCAGUGCGUUUUAGAUACCGCAGAAAUGCAGCUAGUUUCGAUCUUUUUUUUUUUUUGGUGGGCGCUAAAACAAACACGUUCGCUCCUAUUCGAGCACACCAGCCGAGAGCAGAGUAUUGGAUUACCUAGUGUUAUUAUACAAAACCAUAAAAUUCAUAUUUUAUAACUUCUUUGUAGUAGCUUAUUUGUCGAUUAUGGGAUAAGAUGUUGUAAAAUUUGAAAUUUGUGUCGUAUUGUAUAGUUGAAAAAUAGUUUCUGGGUGAGAUAUAUUUCCCUAAUCCCUUACGCUCUAAACAUAUAUUAGACCUGAAGUCAGUAUACGGUGUUUAAGUCGUUCGCUAAAAUAACUUGACACUAUAAUAUUUUUAAAUUAAACAAUUUCGUGGAUUUUCUAAUUUUCAUCUCCACACGUCUAUGUGUCCUGAAAUACGAAAAACAUAUUAUUUCGUUUCGAUAUACCGUUAAAUUUCGUGAAAACUGCAAUCUAACCUAACCCCGUCAUUACGGUUCCAAAAUCGUUGAACUCAUUACAAGUUUUCAUAAAAAAAAAAAAAAAUUUUUUAUUUUCAUUUUCUUACCUAGUUUACAACAGAAACGAAUAAAAAGACCCACGGUUCAAUCACAAUGAUCCCUGACACGUUUAUAAUAUAGUGUCGGGUUUAUCAAAACAAAACGAAAAUGUCUUAAAUUUACGUUAUAAAUGCAAUUUUUCAUUUAUCUGUGUUAUAGUUAUUGCGAUUACCUAUAUAAUAUUACUAUUGUUAUUACUAAUUGUUAGGUAUUAUAAAGUACCAAUUUUAGUUUGUGUUGAAAAAUUAAAAUAAACUGUAUGUGAUUACUAUAUUAUUAUUUUAUUAUUUACUAAAUUCAUAUAAAAACUAUAAAAAUAUAUAUUAUUAUAUAAGUACUUCUUAUAUUUUUUAAAUUUUAAUAUGUAUACAUAUUAUAUAGAACUUGAGAUGUAUUAUUUUAAGUUUAUCUACUAUUUUUGUUUUUGUUUUUUUUUUUUGGAGUGAGAAUCACAUUUAUUAUUAUGUAAUAUAUAGGAAUAUUAGGUGCAGAAUUCCUAAUUUUUUUUGCAAAUUUAAAUUUGUUUAUAAAAACCCGUGCGUAUUAUUAUUCAUGAUAUUUUUAAAGUAUAUAUAAUACCAUAUAAUAUAUUAUAUAAAGUAAAUACUUGAUUAAUUUGUAUUAUUGUUUAAACGUAAUCAUCGUUUUAUUCGUUUUAUAUGUCGGGU